CUGUGACGUGCUGCAUCUCGCAUUUGCUGCUCUGAGUGUUCAGCAGACAGCCUCAUCUCCUUUCUCUGCAGAGGUAAAGGAUACCCACCCACCCCUGUAUCCAAACACCCAGCACAUAAACUACCUCCCACCCUCCGGCCAUUCUUUCCCAUCCCGACUUGCCACCAGUCUCUGCCAGCAUGACUGAGACCGCCAAAACCCACGUUAUCCUGCUGGCCUGUGGCAGCUUCAAUCCUAUCACAAAAGGACAUAUUCAAAUGUUCGGUGAGUUAUUUUGUAUUCUCUUAUUCUAUUCCAUUUCUUUUUCUUUCUCCCUCUCUCUCCCUCUUAUAGUCUAGUCUCCUCUGAAUCAGCAUCACUAAAGAACAUUUUUUUAUUAUGAUGAUCAGAUUUAGCCUUUAAUCAAGGGACACAUAAAAAAUGCAUUAUAAAAUACAUUUCUCAUACCUCCUUUCAAGGGCACCUUAUUUAAUAUGCAUCAAUCCAGACCUUUCCGGUUCUCGUUCCUCCCUUUAAAUGCCUAUUUCUCCUAUCUGUCUAUUAACCUGGUCCAUGAGGUUUUUUUUUCCAUUGCGUCUGUUUCAAUGGCAUUGCUCCACGACAGAGCAUGCAGCGUCAACAGACCCCCCUUUUUUUUUCUACAAACCCCAGGGAAAGGGAGGGCAAAGUAUGGGAAUAUAAUGAUUGAUGUAUCUCACUCCCCAUUUAUGCUUCUGUUUAAAGACCUGGAUUCUUGCAGUUCUCCAUUUUGUCUUCAGUCAUUAAAUGGUUAAAAGGACAAUGCCACCAGGGAAACUGUUAAUAGCUCUCUGCAAGUCUCCAUGGCAGACAGCGGAUAAAGGAAGCAAUUCUGAGCAUUGAUGAAUUUAUGCAUGAUUACAGAUCACAACAAAGGGAUUCUAGAGCAAAUGUUCUAAAGGAAAAUGUUUGGGAAUGGCAUGCACUGUCCGCUUAGCUAGAUUUGAUUGGGUUAUAUCAUUCUGCAAUAGACAAACGAUACCACUCAGAUUUCUGUUGAUGUCUGACCUAAGCCAUUGGAAAAUCCAGUGUUACCUAUCCUCAGUUUUGAGGCAACAGGGAUAGUUGUUCGUAUCUGUUUAAAUUGUGAUGCUUGUUGUUUUGUCAUUUAUAUUGUGUGUUCUUGGGGCAUAACAAUAUGCCACUCAUUUGAUUUCAAAGUGAAUUUAAGAUUUAAGCCUAAAUAGCCAAAUUGAAAAUUGAAUUGACUUGGAGAUUUAUAAAAUUUUUGGGGGAUAUUCUGGCCUAAAAAUAUAAAAAUUCUCUUUGAAUUCCUGGAAAUUCAAACUUUAGUGAAUAACCCUGUGAUAGUGAGAGCAUUGGUGGAAAUUCUGCGCUAGACACAUGAUUGUGACGGUUUUCAAUGUCCCAAAAAUGUCAGAUCAGAUUUUUCUUAUGCUACUUAGGUUUGCAUUGACAAAAGACAUUAAAUGGUUUAUUAAGGAAACUGUGAAUUGUGGUAAUCUGGCAAGGGAAUUGGAAAGCGUAAAGGAACACUGUAGGUUAAGGAAUACACAUCUGUAUUCCUGAUGCCCUUUGUCAUGUCAGCCCCCAUAUGUGGGGGAAAUAACCUAAAAUAAAUCAAAUAAGUCACUUGGCUCUCCCGCAAACUCCUUCUCAAAUGAUGUCCUUCUGGAGGCUUGCCUCCAUGAUGACAGGCCAAUCCAGUACUCCCCAGAGAGGAACAUUAGUGAAUGUAGCCAAUGCGCUUGCGAUUCUAUGAAGACCAUGAUGCCACUGUGCGCAUGCUCAUGAUGUCUGGGUAUGGUAGGGUAUGAGAGCCAGGAAACACCAAGCCGUCAAAUUACUAAGCUAUUGAGCUUUGGGAUGGUAAGGAGGGAGGAACUAAUGUAGGCACUAUGAUAACCUUAUCUAGAUGAAGUAGUUAUAGUGAGUACAGUGUUCCUUUAAAUCAAAUUUGGAAAAAUUUGUUCUGAUUCAACUUCCAUUCCGACUGUGCUACAUUAUGCUAUUUUUUUUGUCAAUUCCUUAUGAGUCACAGUUUAAUCAAUAAACCACUAGUGAUUUUCAAUGAGAAAGAGUGUAGAAUAAAGGACAGAUCAGAACAGCCUCAAGGUAAACCUAGCUAUAAAAUACAAUGGCUUCAGUUAUUGCUGUACAGUUCUAGAGUAUACAUUAUCCACCAAUGCUCCCCAGUAAAAGGGAGAUAUAAUUAUCAUUUGACAGACAUUUGUCUUGUAAAAUGUGUGUGUCAAUAAUGGCUAAAUACUUACUGCACUUAUAGUCACAGCUUAAAUAUGGGCAAUUUAGAGAGACUCUAAGAGAAGAAAGUGACGGUUAUUUAUGUAAAGGUAAAUUUCAAAUUGAAGGAUAGAGAAUCAGAACUGGAAGUGCAUCUGACUUAGAGAAUUGUUCCAAUUUGGCUUUUUACCUUUCAUUAGAAAUUCACUUUGAAUUCUCACUUACACUAAACCGUCAGUUUUCGGGAAUCCAUCAAAGAAUUUAAUAUUUUAGACUUAAAUAUCCGUGCUGGAAAUAUAUCAGAAACUGAGACUUUUCUGUUUCUGCUAUUUUGGCCUACAAUUUACAAUCCCUGGAAAAUACCUGUCAGUUUCCUAUGGGAUAUAUUCACUAAACAACAAAUCAUUGUUGCAGAAUUGCUUUUUUAACUGAAAUGUGCUAAUUUAGGAAAAUUCUCUAACUCGGAUAUCGUGUGACCAGUUUGGUAAAUUUUGACUCAGUUUUCCUUUCAAAUCACUAUAAUUCAUUGUUUAAUGAAUAAACCAUUCACUAGAAUGGGAAAGGUAGAUAAUUGAGUGAAUUCUAUAUUUUAGCCAUACUUUUGAAGUUGAAAUAGUAUAUUCAGUUGUGCAAUACUUCCAGUUUGAUCUCUAAAAUUACUAUUUAUACUUCACAGUUUCCCGCCUGAUCACUCAGGUGAUCACAUAUGGAUCAAUAUCUGCUUUUAGGCUACAGAGUUUCUGAUGUAAAACCCAUGUGUUAUUUAAUAUUAAAGACCCAUGGUCAUUUGGCAUUUGUUUGCAAAAUAAUAGUUAACUUUUAAUAUUCAUACCGCAUUCAGAUCAUUCUGCUCUGAUUACUACACUUUGACAAAUUAAUGAUGUGUAUGUGAGUAUAAUGGAAACAUUUUAUUACUACUGUCAAUAUGGAGACUACAGCCUAACAACCCUGCUUACAAUUCCACUCCAAUUCUGUGAAUAUAAUAUAAAGCAUAUUCAUUGUCGCAUUUUUGUAUGUAAUCCAUCAGGUUACUGGUAGACCCUGAGAUAAAAUAUCAGUGUUUAAAUGUGUAUGCUAUGCUGAUAUAGAACAUUUGUUUACAGAGAAGAUAUACAAUUAAUAUAAGUAUCAAGAGUAUAUAAAUGUACCGAAUACAAGAAGGAGGCAUAUUUUCACAUUCUGCCAUCUAGAUUGUCCAUGAUCAUCAUAGUCUAAAGAUAAGUACUCAUGUCUUCCACAUUUCCUUUGGGAAGUAUGCGCUGAGCAAUUUUUAUUGUAGGUAAUCACUCACAUUGAGUAAACCGGCGACAUUUGUUGGGUUGUUUUUGUCAACGCACAAAACGUUGAUCCACUGUAAUAAAGAGUUCUGAAUAAAACCACUUUUAUUUUUACUGAAAUAGCAAAGCAGGAAUUGGGCUAACGGCCUGCAGAGUUAUUUACUAAGAACUACUGAGAAUUGAAAGUUAAUUUUAAAUUUAAGGCCAAAGUAACCGAACUAAAAGCAUAGCUGAGUUGGAGAAUUUUUCCAUUUCAGUAAUUUUGACCUUCAAUUUAAAUUUCACUUUGCAGUCUCUCUUUAGUAAAUAAGCCAUCAAAUGCACAAAUUGAAUUGAUUGUGUGCCUGUUAAGUUGCUUACUCAUAAGUAGUCAUCUAUCACAUGUCCAGCUAUUGGUUUAGAAUGGACUGGGAGAACCUUUCUAUAUAUGCUUGUGUUAUAUUCACCUUAUUCUUUUGUUACAAUGUUGGUUAUACACUGAUCAGCCACAACAUUAAAACCACUGACAGGUGACAUGAAUAACAUUGAUUAUAUUGUUACAAUGGCACCUGUCAAAGGGUGGGAUAUGUUAGGCAGCAAGUGAAUAGUCAGUUCUUUAAUUUCAUGUGUUGGAAGCAGGAAAAAUAGGCAAGAGAAAAGAUCUGAGUGACUCUGACAAAACGGUAAGUCUUUUGGAGUGUUCCAGUAUGCAGUGUUUAGUAUCUACCAAAAGUGGUGCAAGGAAGGGAAACUAGUGAGCUGACAUCAGGGUCAUGGACGCCUAAGGUUCAUUGAUGCUCGUGGUGAGUGAAGGCUAGCCUGUCUGCUCCGAUCACACAGAAGAGCUACUGUUGCUCAGAUUGCUGAAAAAUGUAAUGCUGGCCAAGAUAGAAAGGUGUCAGAACACACAGUACAUCACACUUUGCUGCAUAUGGGGUUGCGUAGUCGCAGGCUGGUCAGAGUGACUGGGAUGACCUCCUCUCCUCCGCUGAAAGCACCUACAGUGGGGACAUGGGCAUCAGAACUGGACCAUAGAGCAUGGAAGAAGAGUGCCUUGUUUGAUGAAUCAUAUUUUCAUUAGUUUAAGUGGGUGGCUGGGUGCAUGUGCAUCAUUUACCUGGGGGGAUGAUGGCAGCAGAAUGUACUAUGUACUAUGCUGGGAAAUGUAACUUUGGGUCCUGGCAUUUAUGUGUAUUUUACAUUCACACGCACCGCCUGCCUAGAGAUUGUUGAAGACCAUGUUCACAACUUCAUGGCAAUGGUUUUCUCUGAUGGCUGCAGCCUCUAUCAGCAGAAUAAUGUACCGUUCCAGACUGCAAAGGUUGUUCAGGAAUGGUAUGAAGAACCUGACAAAGAGUUCAAGGUGUUGCCUUGGCUUCCACAUUCACCAGAUAUCAAUCUGAUUGAGUGAUGUGAUGGAAUAAAAUAUCCUAUCCAUUAAGGCCCAAUCUCACAAUUAGCAGGACUUAAAAGAUCUGCUGCUAAUUUCUUGGUGCCAUAUGCCACAGUACAGUUUCAGAGGUUUUAUAGAGUCCAUGCCUUUACACAUCAGAGCUGUAUUAGCAGCACAAGGGGGAUUUACAAGAUAUUAGGUACGUGGUUUUAAUGUUGUGGCUGAUCAGUGUUGCUGAGAACACCACAACCAAUAUUACCUAAAAUUCUGAGCAUCUUACAAUUUCUGCAAAUAGGAGAACUUGAUUUAAAAUAAAACUAUGUAGCUGUUAAAGGAACAAUCUUAGCAGAACCAUUGCUUUGGCUUAAUGUAGUGGUCGUGAUAUGCAAAGAGACUGUCCUUCCACUAUCUGCUGUGUAAACAGUGCUUUUUCUGUGUUUUUGGGGCACUUCACCUCACGGUUUUUCGUCACAUAUGGUGAUGUCUUAUUAUUUGGUUUGUAUGACUGUUUAACUUAUUUAUUUUAUUCUAAUCUCUAUCUGUAUCUAUUCUACUAUCUCUUCUAAAGAUUAUGACAUUGACUCCUUAGAUGAGUAUGUAAAGAGAAUGUGCUUAUUUUGCAUCAGUUAGAUAGAUAUGCUGAGUUACAUUAUUAUUACUAUAAUAAUGAAUCAUUCUCCAUCUCAAGAGCGAUAAGAGAUAUACUUCUAUUUUUAUGUAGACUUUGAGUAUUGUCUUAAUCUUCAUUCCACUCUGUGAGCCUGCUCUUUCUUCUUUUUUGUAUUACUUACAUUUAUUAGGACUCUAAUAGGGAUGAAGGUAGUGUGAUGACUUUGGCUGGUUUAAUAAAGCCUUUACUUUUAUUUUUCUCUCUUGCCUUCAUAUCUUAUACACUAAUUUGAGUCCCUUCCAUCGAAUAAAUAUCCGUAAUGAAUUUGACUAUUUGAGUUUAGGAUCAGCCUUAUAACGCUUGUUUUAUGCACUUCUAAUUUAUUUUUGUACCGAUCCUUUCACUGCCCACACGUAAAGACUACUCUGUAUUGAUAUUUACACUAUUACAGUGUGUACUCAGUAUUUCCAGGCGGUACUUCCUUAUGUUUUGUAAGUGGAGUUCCCUUUGACAAAUAAUUACACAGUUCCCCGGCAUGCCUUUAUGUAGACCAACCAGUCAAAUUCAAACAGCUUCACUUCCGCAUCAACAAGAUUGCGACUGUCUUUUUGCUACUCCAUUUGCAUGUCACAUCCGUUUAUUUGUAUUCAUGCGUCAAUGCGUAACGUCACUUCAAGUUACACAAUUUUCGGUUCGGACAACCGAUUCAGCACCAUAUAUUAAAAAUAAGACUCGAUUCAGCGCCAUAUUUUUGAACCUGAAAUGUCCAUAUUAACAAAUCCACAUCAGGAAAGUUUACAUAUCUUGGCAUAAAUAGAAUCCUAAAAAUUCUUACAAAAUUUAAAUGGCAUAUAUACAAAAAGAGAACAAACAUAUAUAUGUAUAUAUACAUCAUUUUAAAGGUACAAUAUUAAACAACCCCACUGAUUAAGGUAACUAUUUUUAAUGUUUAUCAUAUGUUCUCCUAUUCUUACCCUAACUGGCUUUGUGGUCUUACCAACAUAUUGAAGACCACAAGUAUAUGUAAGAAGAUAAAUAGCAUUACGAGUAUUACAUGAUAUUGGAUUCUAUUUUUUUUACCUCCGAUUUGUGACCAAAGAAUAAAGGUUAUGAGUCUUUUUAUUUUUGAUAGUAGUAUCUUUGCAUGCUCUACAAUUACCACAAAUAAAAAACCUUUAUUACUAACUCCCAAAAAUCCAUAUAGUUACCUUUUUAUCUUUAUGUAUACAACUUUUAGUUAAUAUUUGUCUAAUGGUUUUAGCGCCCCUAUAAACUACUUUAGGUUUAUUUUCUAUAAAACGGUUCAUAUCCUUAUCUUGUCUUACAAUAUGCCUUUGCUUAUUCAGGAUUAUCCUAAAAAGUUGACUCUGGCCUUUGGGGAUAUUCCUCAACCACGGUUAGAAUAAUGACAACUCGCCAUAUUUAUAAAAUUCUUACCAUCAAUUUUCAUUAAAAACUGUUUUAAUACAAGUAUUUUCUAUAAAAAUAUCUAAAUCUAAAAAAUUUUAUGGGGCUAAUGUCUUGUGUUAAUUUUAUGUCCAACUCAUCAGAAUUUAAAAAUGUAAAAAUGAAUAAAUCUCCUUUCCAAUUUAAAAAUAAAUAUUGUCUAUAUAUCAUUUGUAGAGGACCAAGUACACCUAUGUAACCCUAGCUAACUCCUAACCUAGCCUAGCUAAAGUGUAGCAAACCUAUUGCCCUCACCCUGCCUAACCCUUACACUAGGUAACUCUAACUUACUUUAGCUAAUCUAACUAAAUCUAGCAAACCCAAACUAAUUAUGACUAACCGUAACCUUAACAAUGCAUUGUUUAUUAGAUGGCAUUCAGGCUGAUUGAUUGCUGUGAGAGCCAAUCACAUUGUUGACAAGCCUUUAAUGACACCUAAGGCUUGCCACCACAGUGGUUGAUUCCCAAGAUGAUCAGGCAGCAAUUAAUCACUAUUACUGGAUUUCCUCUUACCCUAGCAAACCCUAGCCUUCACCCAGGCUAGCCCGACGCUAACUAACUCUAACACUAUCUAUUCUUAACAUUAGCUAACCCUAACUUGACCUAUCUAACUUGAAUGAAACCCAGCAAACCCUAACCCUACUCCAAACAAUAGCAAUGCUCUGUUUAGUAUAUUGCUGCCUGGAUGAUUGAUCACUGUGAGAGGAAAUCACAGUGAUGACAAGCCUUAACUGACAGCUAAUCAUAAUCAUUCCGAGGGCAAUCAAUCACUAUAACUGCGCUGCCUUAAUGCUGGGACGGUCUAGUAAUAGCUCAGAGCAGAGGCUUAGAGGAACAGCAUGGUACAUGUACCAUUAGAUCUGGAGGUCCCUGCGAUGGCUGCCAGUGAUAGGCAUGUGAUUUCUGAGGCCCGCUGUCCUGGUGAUCAUAUGCUUGCAGGAACCUCUUGUAAGACAUCCAGAAACAGCCAUAUAUCACCAUUCAUUGUAAGACUGACUUAAAAAGCACUCAGCCAACAAUGUAUGUUUCAUGUCCUUGGACACUAAGUGCAUAAUGACACUUGAUGUGCUCUGAACGUCCAUUGUCAUUAACGGAGUACAGCACAAAUACCAGUUACUGCAAUACAAUGUGCAGCACUACGUUUCUUUAAUUUUUAUAUAAACCUGUACCAGUAAUGAGACUCAUAUAUAAAUAAAAGAUAGAUAGGUAGAUAGAGAUGUAUUAAUUGAUGUGAGAGCCAUUAAUAACUACUAUUAUAUACACCUUAGCAAUCCCACCUUCUAUUAUGCAAUAUGGCAACACAGUGGCUGCACACGUGGCAAACUUAUAUCAGGGCUCAUCCUGGAAGAGCUUCCCAGACCUUCAAACCCAAUACCAAUACCAAGUACCAGAGAAAGCCAUUUUUUCCUAUCUCCAACUCAAGUCGUAUCUGCAGACCACAACGCAGACACUACUAUCUCCCACCUUAAACAAAUUCGAAUCUCUAUGCCUUGCCCCACUAUAUACCAGGUACUCCUUACAACAUAUUCUAGUCAGGAUUACACGUACAUGGUAGCAUGGCACAAGGAGCUAGAUAAAACCUUUACCACAGGGCAAUGGCAAGAGGCAUGUAUGGUGCACAAGGGAACCACGGCAUGUACGACACAUCUAGAACUAAUCCGCAAAUUACAAUACCGAUGGAACCUGGUCCCAGCAAAGCUAGUGCACAUCUAUCCUGGCACGUCUAAUACAUGUUGGAGGUGUCAUGAUGCCGUUGGCACCAUUUACAAUGUUUGGUGGCAAUGCCCAAAAUUACGGGAAUAUUGGGACCUGGUUCAGGAAAUAACACAUAGAACUCUGCCAAUACAUAUACCCCUCACCCUAGAGUUAUGUCUACUAUUUAUGGUCCUGAAAAGGCUACCUAUCAUUGAUCGUACAUUACUAUUCCACAUCAUCAUUGCUGCUAACACCUUACUUGCUAGGAGAUGGAAAACGACAAUCAUACCCACAAGGGAUGAAUUGUUGCAGCAAAUAUCUACCUGGACAUACGAGCUCAUGGUGAACUCACAAAUUAGAUCUUCCACGGCUACACUACUCGCCGGGGACAGAUGGAAGCAACAAUGGGCAGCGCAGACAUAACCAACAUAAUGGGUAUUAAUAAUUUGGUCUCUCUCCUUCUCACCACAAACUGCAUGGGUACCUCACCCAGUCUCCACACACCACAUCACAGUGUAAUCUCUCCCAAACGACUGUGAAUUUCUCAUGCUAUACAGUGAAACCGUCCUGAUCUUACGGCAAUGUCUGAGGUGCAAUUGUCACUAUGUGGUCCCCAUGUGGGACAGCCAAACAAUGUAUCCCCAAGCAUACCUAGAGGGGAAGAGGCACAUUAUCAGACAUGGGGAACCCCGAAUCACAUGUGAAUGUUAUACGAACCGAGAAUAGCUAACUCUGUCUAGUGUGAGGACGCACAAUUGAAACUGUAACACGGGUUAUGCAUUAUGUAUCACUUGUCAUAUAUGGACUUAUGUUUUCUCCCCCCCCCCCCUUUUUUUCUUUUCUGUAUCACCUUAUGUUAUGAAAAGACAAAUAAAAAUUGUAAACGUCAGUACUGUGCCAUUUAUUAACAUUAUUUGUCAAGGGGAGGGAAUAGCUGCAUUUCACUGAAUAGUUAUGCUAUAGAGCACCAAUUAGUUAUGGUGUCUUAUGUUAGUGAAUAAUCUCCAGAAUAAAGGAGAUUUAUGAAUCCUAAUUAGGAUACAAUGACAUUUUUCACUGCAUACAGCAGACCUCCUCUUGGUCUGGUACCAUUCAUAAAGGCUUAUGAAUGAUGCGUGAAGAACACCCGUGUAAAAAUGGGGCUCUAAAGAAAACUCUAGGAUGUGAAGGGAAUUCUCCAAACGGAUUAAUCGAAAUCGCUCUUAAUUUUAUUUAAUCCUUAACAUAACACAGCUGCAAUAUUCUUCAUCAGGAUUUCCAAGCAUUCCAUACAGAGAUAAAAGGUGUCACAGGUACUGAGAAGAGGAGAGGAUGUGUAGAUGGAGUAAAGAUAAAAUAGAAAUGCGGUAAUAAGUAUAACAUCCUGCUCUAAUCAUAGCAUCAAGUCAAAAGCAAAGGUACAUGCCGGCAUCAGUGCUUUAUUGAUUGAGAACGACGUGGUACCUUUACAAAAUAACACUUAUAAGUAGUGGUAGAGGUUUUUCACAGCAUUAACCAUAAGAAUAGAAUGUCAUAUAUGUUUCUUUAAAAAAAAAAAAAAAAAACAGCUAAAGGAAUACACUAGAUAGAUGGAUAAUGGCUCUGUGGUUAUGAAAUCGCUAAAUAGAUAUUGACUGAGUUAGUAUAGAACCCAUUUACUUGUUGCCACCUUGAAAAACCACAUUAAGGUUAAAAUAUGUGCAGAUAAUGGAUACUGGCAAAUGCCAUCCAGUAGACAGUCAAGACACACACACACACAAUAAGUACAAAGCACUGGAAUAAAUGACUUAUAUAGACAAAUGAAAAUACAUUAUAGAAAUAAUGGCUCACUGUUAUAAUGUAAGGAAGGGAUGUAUUGGGAUCCCAUUUUUCAGGUUGGGAAUAACUGAUACUACCUGCCCAUGAUAUAAAGAGGGGUAGAUUAGGAAAUAUGACAGUAACAGGCACUGAUAAAUAAAUCUGGGAUACCCAAAAUAAACCAUAUCCUCCAGCACACCAAUUCAGCUGUAUGUUUAUAGAGAGCAUGGGAUUCUGAUUAACUCUGGACCAUCCAUUCUAUCACCUAAAUUUUCUAGAAAUGUAAACUACAUUUUUGAGUUUUAAAAAUAACUUAUUACGUGUGUAUUGCAAAUCCAGUGACCUAGAAUCUUUUCUGUUUUAGUUUGCAUGGUAGUACACAUGGUAGGUCCUAUAGACUGUAAGCUCAUUUAAGUAGGGUCCUCUUCAACCCAUUGUUCCUGUAAGUUUUUGUAAUUGUCUCAUUUGUUGUUAUAUCUCCCCAUCUGAUAACAUUGUAAAGCGCUACGGAAUAUGCUGGCGCUAUAUAAAUACCAGUAAUAUUAAUAAUAAUAGGUAGCACCUAAAAGAGAAUUAGCCUUAAUGUAACAUGCAGGGUUUAUAAAUAGUAGGUUGCCCCUGUAGUGGCCCCUUAUGUACUAUAAUUUAAAUGCAUUCUUGUUCUGAAAAGACCAAAGUUAAAGGGUCACUCCACUGCCCAAAUACAAAAUAAAUAAAAAUAAUUGCUUAGUACAUAUACGCCAAAGGAAAACGUGUAUGCAUUUGAUUAUGCAUUUUUUUUAAUUGGAGGUAAAGCUAAAAACAGCUUGCAAAAGCUGCAACGCUCUUGUCUGCUUCCUGUGCAAGUCCUCCCCUUCAUCCCCAGGCCAGACCUUCUGAGGCUGUCCAAUCACAGACUUCCUAAUGCAGCUCAAUGAGAAGUCUUUGCAAGGCAGGAGCUCUGAGCAAUUGCUGCCUCUUGUGAGUCACAUGACUUGUUGUCUGACAGCCAGGGGGUGUAUUUAGGUUAAUUUAUAAAAGUGAAGAAAAUUUCCAAUUAAAUCUGCUCUUAAAAAAGAGGAUGCACUCUUCACACAUAAAGCUUUUCAGCAAGCUAAAGUGCUUUAGGGGUCUGGAGUGUAAAUUUAAGGCUCUAACCAAGGCAAUUACCGUACUUGUGAGAUUGCUAGUGGCCUCCUCAAAACUAAAGUGGAAGAGUCUCUAUGGACUGAUAUAUUGCAAGCCUGGGGCAUCACAUACAGCUGCUUCUGCAGGAAAUCUAUUUUAAUUUUGAAAGAGAUACAGCAGGUUAAAUGCAUAGUAUGGAAGAGUAACUUUUCUUGGAUGUUUGGGAUCAUCUCUUCCACACCACAUGUAUGUAGGUUCAACCCACACAUAUUUCUGCAGACUUCGUGGAACCUUCGGGGACCUGAUCUAGAUCACUGUCAUACAGAUGUUACUUUUAUGCUGUUCUGCUUCCAUCUCGGCAUUUUUGGGAUUUGUUCUGUACCUGUUACUUUUAUAAUGUUGAGUUUUCCUUUGGUUGACGUCUGCUUGGGAACCAAUAAAUGCUGGCAGAAUACAUUGCCCUUGAUACAGUGCCUGCAUUUGGGGGGGGCCCAAGGGGGGACAUGGCCUGAUGUAGGGGUACCUUGCGAUGCCACUGUUUGCAGUCUGUAGUUAAUUGCUCACAAGCUUUGUACCUGUUGAAGUAGACAGAAACCCAUUUUGUCAGUGCAACUCAUGAGCGUGUGAGUAAUCCUGAGUAUAAUAGGAAUUUAUAAUACAUUUACAUGAAGUUUAAGGCCUGUGCAAACAGGGAUUGAAAGAAAUAAAAAUGUGAUUUAAACAUUGCACCUCCAGAAUUAUCGCAACUGUGAAGUAAGACCAUAAAUGACAUGUGAAAUUAACAUUAGGACUAGGGCUUGUGGCUGAAACCAAGAUACAUAAGCGUUAAAAGCCUUGUAGAAAGGUGGACAUGAUAGACCACUGGUAAAGUGCAGUUUCUAUGUUUUUUAUUUUUUUUUCCUUCAACACUAACUGUGUUAUGAAGAAGCUGUUACUUAUCUGGAAUUACGCUGUCGGGAAAAACAAAAAUUCAACACCAUUUAUAACUUGUAAUGCUCCAUCUUCAUGCGAUGCUCCAUCUUCUUUUAAAUAUAUAUUAAAGGAACCCUGCAGGCAACAUAAAAACUUAAUCAGAGUGAAGUUGUUAUGGUGCUAGGAAGUCUCUGGAGCCUACUUUCCAUGGAGGUUUAACUUCAAAGUGUUAAAUCUGGCACCAGUUAGCUCUGUCCCUCUCCUUCCACUUUUUCCGGGCCUUAAUUGAGGAAGCCUCAGACAGGGGUGCCACUGAUUGGCUUAAAGCAGCGAUGUGAUGACAAACAUUUUUGAGCCCGAGUGCCCAAACCACAAUACAAACCAACUUCUUUUUUUCAAAGUGCAAACACGGCAAUUAAACCUGAAUACUGAGUUUUAAGUUUAGAAAAAACAACUCAUACAGUUGUCCGAACUAAUUAACAUAUUUUGUUUUAAAAGAAGAACGCAACAACAGAGAUAUUGGGAGGGGUAGUAUUGUGGGGAUUGGGGCUUUAGUGUGAGUUUAAUAAAAGCAGUAUUGUGAGGGGCUUUAGGUUGGGGAGGAUAUGAACAGUAUUGUUGGGGAUUAAAGGACCACUAUAGGCACCCAGACCACUUCGGCUUAAUGAAGUGGUCUGGGUGCCAGGUCCAGCUAGGGUUAACCCAUUUUUCUAUAAACAUAGCAGUUUCAGAGAAACUGCUUUGUUUAUAAAUGGGUUAAUCCAGCCUCUAGUGGCUGUCUCAUUGACAGCCGCUAGAGGCGCUUCCGCGCUUCUCACUGUGAUUUUCACUGUGAUUGUGAAUGCUUUCCUAUGGACUGGCCGAAUGCGCGCGCGGCUCCUGCCGCGCAUGCGCAUUCAGACGAGGAGGAGGAGAGUCCCCUGUCCAGCGCUGGAGAAAGAGGUAAGUUUAACCCCUUCCAGCCCCUAGAGCCCGGCGGGAGGGGGACCCUGAGAGUGGGGGCACCCUCAGGGCACUAUAGUGCCAGAAAAACAAGUAUGUUUUCCUGGCACUAUAGUGGUCCUUUAAAGCUUUAGUGGGAGGACUGGGGACAGUAUUGUGGGCAGAUACACAUAUAAUGAAACACACUUAGAAACACUGAGCCACACAAACAACCACAGGCACAAUCUCACACACUAACAGACAUUCUCAAACACUCAGCAAAAAACAAAAACAAAAAAAAGUGUUUUUUUUGUCAUCCAGUCUCCUUACCUUUAGGAGCACUAGGGUGGAUCCACAGUACCCUGGUGGCCAGUGUGGGCUGCUUCUGUGCACCUCUAAAAGGAGCUCUGAUCAAUAUGAGCGCUCUUUGUAUAGCUCCCUUGCACGCCCUGGGCCGGGAUGCCAGCUGUGGCAUGUGUGCCAUCGGUCCGCCAUUGCUGGCUUAGAGCAUCAGUUGAUGAUCUAAGCCAAUCAGUAGCUCCCCAUCCACAAAAUGGCCUAAUAAAUAUGUAUGUAUGGCGCCUCAGGCCAAGGCUGUCUGAGACUUCCUCAUUCCAGCCUCAGACAAAAGUGGAAGGGGAGGGGCAGAGCUAUCUGGCGCUGUAUUCAACACUUUUGGGGUUAAACCAAUCAUUAACUGUUUAACCUCUAAAGGUAGCCUAUGCCGUUGUUAUGGUGAUUGGAUUGUUCCUUUAACAAACUUAGCUGUGGUGUCACAAUCCAGUUCAGUCUGACACAGUGAAGGAAGAGAAACAUGAACAUUGUUUAAUUUCUCCGCUUUUUUGUUUGCUUUCUGUAUGUUGAUUGGUGGAUGCACAUAAAGGAGCUUGUAACAAAGGCUGACAGAAAUAGUGAAACUUUCUAUUACAACUAUUAUCCUAAAAUUUGCAAUUCUCUUGCGAGUUCUCCACAGUCCCUGGCAUAGUUAAUAAUCUUUGAAUAUGUUUUAUUUUCAGUGUGUCUGAGAAACCUUUUCAAAAUGAAUCAUGUUGUGAUGACAGUCAUAAACAUUCUCAGGAAAAAACAGAAAAAAUAGUAUACUGCGGUACUUAACCAAAGGGUAAUAUAUUCCAAUCACUGCUGCUCUAUUGCUUAGAUUCUUCUGUACAUUUUGGCUCUGUACAUUUAUUAUUAGAUAAAUACGAACAGAAAUGACUGAGUCAUGAAAGGCAUUAUGCUUUGAGAAAUGGGUACUGAAUGUUUGCUGUUUGCAUUGUAUUAAAUGUCGGGGGCAGAGUGUAUUUCGCAUGAUCAUUAGUACCAGUGCCAGAUGAAGAGCCCAGUGGGCCUGGUGCUGAAAAUUAUGAUGGGGCCUAAUUACAGAAUCUUAUCAACCAAAAACACUAAAACAGUCAUACCUCUCAAGCGUCAUGUAUCUGAUGGAGUUAGUGCUGGAGGGAAACUCAAAGGAUGCAGCUAUAAGAAAACAUACUCUAUACUAAUCUCUUUAUCUAAUUUAUGCUUUCAUCUUUCAAGUAAAUCCACACCCCCUAACAACAGUGUCCAGUGAAGCAGGAAGUCAAUGGGCGGGGUAAAAGGGUUGGCCACUCACGCAAAUCACGUGACAGAACUGCCAAAAGGGCGAACAUGCCCAAAAAGGGGGCAUGUCUGUCCAAAGAAUUGGAAGGCCAGCUUGGCAUCAGUGUCCCUAUGUAUCACAGUUGUCAGUGUCCCCAUGUCACCCAGUCCCCUAGUCUCCCAGUGUCUGUGUCCCCAUUUCUCCAAAUGUCCCCAUGUCUUUGUGUAUCACUAGGAUACUAGGGGACACUGAGAGACCCGGGGACCCUGAGACAUGGGGACACUAGGGACACUGGCUGGGAGACAUGGGGACACUGAGAUAUUGGCUGGGAGACAUGUGGACACUGGGAGACAUGGGACCACAGACAUCUUGGGACAUUGGGAGACAUGGGGACACUGAGACAUGGGACACAGACAUUGGGAGACUAGGGGACACUGGGAGCCAUGGGCACACUGACACUAGGGACACUGGCUGGGAGACAUGGAGACACUGUGUCCCUAGUGUCUCCAUAUGUCUCACAGCAUCCCCAUGUGUCUCAGUGUCCCCAUGUGUCUCAGUGUCCCCAUGUGUCUCAGCGUCCCCUAGUGUCUCAGCGUCUCUUAGUGACCCAGUGUCCCCAAGUGUCUCAGUGUCCCCAUAUCUCCCUGCAGCUUUUCCCCCCAUUCUUCACAUACCUGAACUGUAGUCUGUCUCUGCAGGCUGGAAGCUGCUGUCUGGACUCUCUGUGCUGUGUAGCUGCUCCCCUGCGGAUCAGUGAGUAGAGAGAGGCAGGGAGAUGCUGUAACUCUUAUCCCUGCUUCUCUACAUACACAGUGACCCCUUACUGGCCGGUGCUGGUAUUGCAGAGUAAUCUCAGUUUAUACUGAGAAGGAUAUUUGUAUUGCCGGUAUUACUGCAAUACCGUCACGGCCAGGCAGCCUCAGAUACCGACUGUGCCUUAAAAUACCAGUCAGGUGGCAAACCUAAGAGUAGUGUGUAAAAAAAAAUUAAAAAAGUAAAUUUUUUUUUAAUAUAUAUAUAUAUAUAUGUAUAUAUAUAUAAACGGGCCUAUUCCAUGGGCCUGGGCCUGGGCCUGGAGCUGCAGCUCCAUCAGCCCCUAUGUUAAUCCGGCCCUGAUUAGUAACUUCAUGCAGUUUGUAUUUAGGAUCCAGGAACAUAGGUAUUCUGUAAUUUAAAAAAAAAAUGAACCCCUUAAUUUUUUCUAUGCACAAUUUUAACUGUUGCAAUUGAUAUUAGUUUAUUGCAAAUGCAUUUCAUUUGCAAAAGCUGCCCAGACAGCAGAGUCAGUGUUACUAUUGUAGGCCCAGCACUGCUGAGCUCUACAUAUCUCCCUGCACGGCCCUGUGUUGCUUACUGUGCAGGCAGAACCUCUGGCUGGGAGCACCUCUGGCUGGGAGCAGUUGUCUGCAGAUGCUCUACCCAAUCAGAAAAAGGAAGGAGGCAUUCAGAGGGGUCUGCACCUAUCCCGUAAUGCAGAUCUGUCUGGCAGCCCACCAGACCACCAUGAAAAUCGUUGGACCACUAGGUAAUGAAAUCAGAGCCUUCCUCACUGCAGAAAAGGAAACCUGGAGGGGGGCUCAGUUAAAGAGCAUACACAGUCACGUAUACACAUGCAGACUGAUAUACACUCACAGAUGUACAAGGAUACUCACGGCCACUCACACGUUUUCAGGCACAUACACAGUUAUACAAUGCUAGACAUGCACACACAAGUAACAAUACACACUGCGAGACACAAACUGAUUGUGUGUCUGUAUCUACCAACCUGUGUUUGUCUGUUUCGGUGUGUCUCUGUGUCUGUUUGUGUGUGUAUGUGUGUGAAUGUAUCAAAGGAUGUAUGUGCAUGCAUGUAUCAGAGUGUAUUUGUAUGUGUGGGUAUUAGUGUGUGUGAAUGUAUCAGACUGUGCAGACUGUGUAUGUGUGUGCAUGUAUCAGAGUGUAUUUGUAUGUGUGGGUAUGUGUGAAUGUAUCAGACUGUGCAGACUGUGCAUGUGUGUGCAUGUAUCAGAGGGUGUAUAUGUGUAUGUGUCAGAGUGUAUUUAUACAAGUGUAUAUCAGAGUGUGUAUGUGUGAGCUUAUAUUUGUGUGUGGCUCAGAUAUAUUGACGAUUGCUUCUUCAUAUGGAAAGGAGACCUUGGAUCCUUAGAGAGUUUUACAACUUAUCUUAACAACAACCAUAUCAUCUGAACUUCACUUUUAACCACUCUAAAGAACACAUUGAAUUUUUAGAUCUGGAUAUCUAUAUCAAAGAGGGACAAAUCAACACCAAGACUUUUAAGAAGAGUGUGGACUGUAAUAGUUUUAUUCCUUUUAACAGUCAUCACAAGUCAACAUGGUUAAGAAACAUACCUCAGAACCAGUUCAGGAGGGUAAGACGCAACUGCUCGAAUAAUGAAUUGUGUAAGUCACAAAUGGAAGAAAUGAAACAGAGAUUCCUGAAAAAGGGUUAUCCCCCAACGCUAUUAGAAGAAUCUAUGGAUAUAGCACUUACCACCCCAAGAGAGGAUACCUUAUGCAAUAAACCCAGCACCACAGAAGUAUCCAAUUCAGCACCCACCUUUAUCACUAAAUAUAAUCAUCAAUUUCAUACAAUACAGAAGACACUAAGGAAGCACUGGGGGAUCCUUAAGAAUGAUCCAACGUUAUCUAAAUUCCUCGACAAUCAACCUCAGAUUAUUUUUACUAGGGCACCCAACCUGCAACUUAUGCUGGCACCGACCACUAAACCUGAAAGUGCUGAUUUGGAUCAAGGUACCAUCAGUGGCUUCACAAGAUGCAAGAAGUGUCUAGCAUGUAGAAAUAAUCCAUCAUUAGAAGACACAACCACUGGAUUUAAAUCCCUCACUACUCAAGAGGAAUAUGAUAUCAAGACCAACAUGGACUGUACUACAUCAGGAGUCAUCUAUUUAAUAACAUGUCCAUGCCCACAACAAUAUAUUGGACAUACAAAAAGACCCCUCAAAAUCCGUAUUGCUGAACACAUUAGAAAUAUUAAGAAGGGACUUCCAACGCAUAAUCUUUCCAAGCACUUUAAAGAGAUACAUGGGGGAGACCCCACAGGACUUGCAUUUAUGCCUAUUGAGAAAGUGAAUACCCACUGGAGAGGAGGUAGCAUUGAUAAGGCUCUAGAUCAGACAGAAGCGAAGUGGAUUUUUAAGUUAGGGACUUUGGUCCCUAAGGGACUCAAAGUAGAUUUUGAGCUUAAUGCUUUCCUAUAAUAUAUAUAUAUGUUUUUUUUUUGUUUUGUUUUGUUUUUCACCUUUAUUUAUAGUCCCCCCUUUUUUUUUUUUUUUUUUACAGUGGUCCUUUAAAUAAUGCGCUAUCUACGCAUGCCAAAACAAAAAAUACAUUUAAAGGAUCACUGUAGGGUCAGGAACACAAACAUGUAUUCCUGACCCUAGAGUGAAAACCCACCAUUUAGGUGGCUUGCCCCCCCCCUUUUAGCCUCUUUAGAAUGGGUUAAAACUCACCUUAUUUUCAGCUCUCCACGGGUGCCCCGGCGCUGGCCCCUCCCCCUUAGUGACAUAAUCAGAAUUGCCGAUGUUAAAGGGACACCGUAGGCACUGUAUCUGCUUCAUCUCAUUAAACUGGUUAUAGUCAGGGCCGGACUGGGGAUACAAAGCAGCCCUGGAAAAAUAAUUUGUGCCAGCCCCAUAAGUCACUGUGCCAUAUAUUGUCGCAUGUAAUAUGUAAGGCUAUGUCUUGCCAGGACAGAUGAUUGAGUAAUAUAUAUAUAUAUAUAUAGCUUUUUCUAAUAUAAAAUAUUGGUCCUUUCAGGGUAAAAUGUUUAAUUAUACAGUAAGCAUACUCACAUGCAGACACAGGCAAUUUCACUGACAUCUCAAUGACACACACAAGUUCAUUGAUACACAGCCUCAUAGACAAACAAUCUUACUGAUAUACAUCAGCUCACUGACAUAAAAACACAAGCUCACUCACUAGCAGGCACACGCAUGCAAGCAAGCUCACUCACUAGCAGACGCACACACAGCUUAAUGUGGUGGUACUGGUGUCUAUAGCAUGUCACUACAGGCUUUUCAACGUAAACACUGACUUUUCAGAGAAAAGGCAGUGUUUACAUUGCUUCAAAGUGACACUGCUAGUGACAGUCACUCAGACGGUCACUAGAGGUGCUUCCUGUGUUAGUGCACCUACAUUCAGGGCCUCCACACUCUGUAGGUGCUGAACGUUCCCCAUAGAGAUACAUUGAUUCAAUGCAUCUCUAUGAGGAGAUGCUGAUUGGAGUGGCGUUUUGCAGCCAAUCCUAUGGCAAAGCAUUGGAUUGGCUGAGAUCAUCAAGCUUGAUGAUCUCAGCUAUAGAGGCAGGGCCAGUCGAGGGGAGACCAGCACGCUGCGUGGGGAAAAAAAAAGGUGAGCAAAAACACUAUUUUUAAACACACAUUUACACCAUGACAGACACAGAAACACACAUAUACCAUGACAGAUACACACCCCAUGACAGACACACACACACACCAUGACAGACCAUGACACAGACAGACACACACCAUGACACAGACAGACACACACACACCAUGAUGGACAGAUAGACACACACACACCAUGACAGACAGACACACACACACCCCAUGACGGACAGACAGACAUACACACACACCCCAUGACAGACAGACACACACACCCCAUGAAUGACAGACAGACACACACACACCCCAUGACGGACAGACAGACACACACCAUACAGACAGACACUAUGACACAGACAGACACACACACACACACACAAUGACACAGACAGACAGACACAAACACCAUACAGACAGACACCAUGACACGGACAGACAAACACACACAACAUACAUACAGACAGACAGACAGACACCAUAACACAGACAGACACACAGAACAUACAUACAGACAGACAGACAGACACACACACACCAUGACACGGACAGACAGACACACACACCAUACAGACAGACAGACACCAUAACACAGACAGACACAUUACUAGUACCUGACACCAGGGGGAGGUCUGCUGUCGGCUGCUGGGGAGGUCUUCUGGCGGCCGCUGGAGGACUUGUCCUGGCGGCCACUGGGGAGGUCUUCUGGCGGCCGCUGGAGGACUUGUCCUGGCGGCCGCUGGGGGAGCUCCGCUGUCUGUGCUCUCCCGCCCUCGCGCGCUGCUGAAUGAGACCGGCGCCGGAAUAUGACGUCAUAUUCCGGCGCCAGUCUCAUUCCGCUGUGCGCUGGGGAGCAGAGUCAGCACAGCUCACCCCAGCGGCCGCCAGGACAAGUCCUCCAGCGGCCGCCAGAAGACCUCCCCAGCGGCCGCCAGGACAAGUCCUCCAGCGGCCGCCAGAAGACCUCCCCAGCGGCCGACAGCAGUCCCAGGUGUCUGCCCGGCCCCAGGAGCCGACGGCCCACCGGGAAAUUUCCCGGUAUCCCAGUGGGCCAGUCCGGCCCUGGUUAUAGUGUCUGGAGUCCCCUGGUGCCAUCAUUUCUUUCAGCAUUAAACUGUUUUUAAUGUUGUAAUGUUUUAAUGCUAAACAAGAGACCCCUGCAGUCCAUCCCCUCUGUGCUGCUUUGGCUAAUAAGGAAGUAUUACCCUGAGCAGCAAUGGGCAGCUGUGAUUGGCUGAGAGUGACAGCUGACUGCUUUUAGCCUGUCAGAGCUCCAACUGACGGUAUGAAUGGGUAUGACAACAAGGAAGUGUGUAAUCUCUGCCUUAGCUACACAUACAGAAGUGGCUGGACUGUGGGUGGCCAGGCACUCUUAUUUCGUGGCAUACUGCACAAACAUGGUGCAACACUGAAUGGAGGGACAGUGCCAGGGCACUCCAGGCAUUAUAACCAAUUCAAAGAGAUGAAAUGGUUAUAUCCCUCUAAGCCACUAUAAUACUUUCCCAUGGGGAAAGCAUUGGAUUGGCUAAAUUAGACGAGGGGGCGGGGCCAAACACUGUUUUGGCCAAUCAGCACCUCCUCAUAGAGAUGCAUUGAAACAAUGCAUCUCUAUGAGGAAAAUUCUGCGUCCCCAUGCAGAGCGUGGGGCGUUGAACAGCAGGACUGUUUACUGUGCAGCCCUGAGCCAGGAGGCCCCACUAUGAGGUGUCCCUAGGGGCAAUGUAAACACUGCCUUUUCUCUGAGAAGACAGUGUUUACAUGAAAAUUCCUGAAGGGAGCUAUUAACUCACCAGAAUAAAUACAUUAAGCUGUAGUUGUUCCGGUGACUAUAGUGUCCCUUUAAAUAUUACUUUCCAGGACACCCAAAAUACUUGGAUUCUGAGGGUGGGUUUUUUGCAAACCACUUGAUAGUGAAGGAGUUAAUGUGUAUCAAGAGUUACAUGUUUACAUCAGCAAAGAGCUACAUAGGUUGGUUGGUAUUGAUGAGUCACAUAACUAACUACAUUAGUUAUUGAUUUGUAGGACAUAUUGAUGUAUGCUGUCUCAUAUGCUGGCUUUUAAAUGCAGAUCCCAUGUGGUGCACUAAUAAUACUGGGAAAAUGUUUUUUCAUGUUAUAACUACAUUUUAUUCCCUUUUAAUUCUUUAUGUAUAUGAUUUUUCUAAUAUAAAAGAGAAGCCAUUAACAGUAUUAAUAUUGUAUUGUUAGACCACAUAUUGUUAAAAGAUGAAUCAUGUCUCCUGAUUCUUACCAAAAAAAAAAAAAUUUGGAGGGCAUACAGAGACCUAUAGACACAUUAAUAUGGAAUAAUAAAUGGCACACGCUGGCCAGAAACAUUUUAAACAGAUCUAAGGUUGUGGGUGGCCUCAAUGGUCUGAAUCUCUUAAUGUACUAUGAUGCAGCUCACAUUGCGCAGAUCUUGAUGUGGCAUGCUCCCCUUGCAGACGGGAUGUGGGUGGAUAUAGAUUGUAGUCUGAUUUCUUUCAUUCUCCCAAUGUUUAAAUUUGCGUGGGUUGAUCUCAACCUGCCUUGCUUCAUGCUUCUUGCCUGCUAUACUGACUUCUUUAAGGGGACAAUGUUGACACUGUAAUUGCUUCAUCUCAUUGAAGUGGUUAUAGUGUGUAGAAACCCCUGGCACUGUUUUUUACGUUUAGCAUUCAACCAUUUUUUAUGUUUUAAUGCUAAAAAAGAGUGUCCAGCAGCCCAUCCCCUCUGUGCUGCUUGGGUUAAUGAGGAAACAUUAACAUGAGCAGCAGCAGACAGCUGUGAUUGGCUGAGAAUACCAGCUGACCAAUUUUAGCCUAUCACAGCAUCCGUUGCUGGGAUUAUUAUUUUAUUAUUUAUAUAGCGCCAGCAAAUUCCGUUGCGCUGUACAAUGGAUGCAUUUUAUAUGGCUUGAAAUAAGUGUGUAAUCUCUGUCUUAGCCAUACCGCCAGUGGGGGCCAGGCUAUGGGUGGUCAGGGACCCUUAUUUAGUGUUACACUGCUCGAACAUGGUUUAACUUUGAAUGGAGGAACAGUGUAACGGUACUCCAGGCACUAUAACUAAUUCCACCAGACUCCCUUUAAGAAUUUGUCAUCGGGUUGGUGUAAGUUUUCACUGGCUUCUUCUCCCUCCCGUUUUACUCUGGUUUUAAGGAAUAAAACUUUUCCUUCAGGCAUGUGCCCCUAGGACUUUAAAAAUUUGGAAGAUUCAGAAGUCCCGAGAUAUUUGCAUUUGAGGAGAAGUCCUUCAUUAGUAAGUUUCCCUGAUUUACAACGUAUUUCCCCUUAAUCCAAGAAAGACUUCUAUUGUUAUAUGUACAGUUUAUUGAUUAUUUCCUAAUUUGUGGAGGUUCAGAAAGUCUCCUUAACUGCCCCAACAGUGUUUGAAGAUUUAUGUUUCAGAAGGUAUGUUUCUCUUUAACAUAUAUUCAUAUCUGUUCAAAUUCUACAGUAUGGGGUGCUUUAGAUUAUGUUGGGCAGUGAAAGCGUGCCCUGGGAGAGAAACUGAAGGGCAACUCUUGGGAAGACUUUUGGAGGCAGCUGCUAAGGUGUCAAUAUGUAUUGUCUCUCAAGAACAGAUCUAUAAAAUUUUGUUUAGGUGGUAUACAACAGCAGUGCAGCCCUUUAAAAUGGAAAAGAUGAAUUUGGACUGCUGCUGAAGGCUAUGUGGUCAAAGGAGAAUGCACCUCCAUAUGUAGUGGUCUUGCCACCUGGCUGUGACGGCUGCAGGGAAAUUAGAUCUGUCUGUGUAGGGUCUCGUGGAAUCCUCCAGAAACCUUAAAGUCGACUCCUGGCAGUUGAAGCGCCAGAAGCAGAAGAUGAUCAGCUGGAAGAAGAUGGCUGCACACGCAAUGGACAGUUUCAGGUAAGUAAAAACUCGCAUUUACCUGCCCCUGGCAUACAGAACCCUAGUGGCGGUGUCACAAUCUAGAACGUCUUUGAAAAUGAUGCAAAGUCCCCAGACAGUGACAGUCCUGUUUUAAUAGAGCCUGACACAGUGCUAAUAGGGGUAGCAGAAAAGUUACACAAUAAAUUAAAUUUAGUAACUGGGUUAACAUUUUCCACAAUGGCAAAAGGUUCUGGCGUAAGUGAGUGGGGUCCAUAAGAAACCAUGGAACAAUUUGUUUCAGGGGAGUGAAAUACAAUGGCAAGUGAGACCAGGCGUAAAGUCUUGCUAGGUUAGAAGAGCCAUGCAAAUGAACCUUUCCGGUGCCACAGUGAUGUAUGACCUCUCCAAAUUAAUUUAGGCUUUUCUAUAUCCGGUAGAAAGUUUUCUGUGUUAUAUUUGUCUUAUAGUGCAAAGCUCUGUUUAUCUCUCAUGUUUAAAUGACUGCACCAUUUAAAUAGAUUUUUCUAUAUCUACAACAAUUCCAUCUUUCUUCUCUACACCAUAAAUUGUAGGGUAUCCCUUUUCAAUAUCAGAGUUUCAGUGUAUGUAACUUAUCCUGAACCAAUGCAGUGAAAAUAUCAUAUUUCAAAUAUUCAGGGUCAUUGUUAAUAUAACAAUAAGCACUUAUUUUGCUCCCACAAAAUGCAAUCUAUUAGCUGAAUAUGCACAAUGUAACUGGUCACAUGUCUGAGACAUGUAUAAAUGCCCAGGUGUGUAGGACUGGUUGUAAAGGAUUUUGUUCACACUAUGCUAAGGCAAUGUUUUGAAGCACUCUUGAGAAAUGCAUCUGUUAAGAUGAAACACCACCUGACCUUAGUAGUGUAUGAAUAAAUUCUUAAAUAAGCCCUUAUUGAGUGGUUAUCGAUAUAACUCACUCUAAUUGCUGGACCCUUAGAAGCUGGCUUCUUUUUCUACAGGGUAAAUGGCAUUUAGGUGACAAGGUGUGAAAGAGAGUCUAUAGAUCAGAUGUUUGUGCAGCAGAAACUGCGCAAGAAGGCCCUAAAAUGGUUUUCUAGUAAGAUGGUCAGGCAACCUCUGAUUUGGAGUUCUGCCUAUGCUGCCCUACCCCCCAUUAAAAAAAAGAUGCUUGAUGGUUAAGGGACAGUCACUUAAUGUUAAUUUUAUUCACAGAUCAAGUGAGAAGUGACCAACAGAGGGGAGGAAAGGAGGAGCAGUAAAAUAAAUUAAUUUAAAUUAUAUAUAUAUAUAUAUGUGUGUGUGUGAUAUCUUGAUGGAGAGCACUCAAAGGACUCAAAAUUUAUUUCAAAUAGUGCUUUUUAUUUAAGCAUCAAAUCUUUCCAUACAGAGUGUCGAUUUUUCAGUCCCACUGGACUUUUAUCAAGACUAACUGUGAGUGCGGGACACGUGGGUUUGUAUAUAUAUAUAUAUAUAUAUAUAUAUAUAUAUCCUCCUUUUCCCCUCUUUUGGUUACUUUUUUUUCACUUGAUCAGUUAAAGGGACAUUAUAGUCAUCAAAACAUGAAGCAUUUUUGGUGUACAGGUCAUGCUCCUGUAGUGUCAAUGCUCAAUUCCAUGGAGAUGCCGAAUGUCGAGACUUUGCAGAACUACAUCCAGGAAGUCCCUUUAGUGCCUGUCCAAGUGGCAGUCACUAGAGGUCGUAUUACACAGCAAUGUAAACACUGCCCUUUCCAUACCACCCAACAAUGCAGCUGGUAAAAUUGGGAGUGGACUGGGCUCAGAGACGGCAUGGACCAUAUCUUUGCAUUAAGCUGUAGUGUUCUGGUGCUUAGAACGUCCCUUUAAAUUGGUGGUAAAGCCACGAUGGAUUGUCAUUUAAAUAAGUGAUACUCACGUUAUAACUGUCUUCCUAAUAACAAACUCCCAACUCAGGCCACAAAUCAAGCCACUUCUUUCCAGAUAUGAAUUUAAUGGGCAUUGAGUACAUGAUUCGAGAAGGAAAUAGGUACUUUGACAGAAGGACAGAAAUUGUAUUAUCAUUAUUAGCCCUUGCCUUAAUAAAUAAUGAGAUUGAAUGAGCACUUUUCUGUGGAUGUCAACGUACAGCAAGUUAAAUUUAAUUAUUCAUGUAGCAAUGAUGGUGAGGUUACGUCACAGGUCAAUUUGAAGCAGAAAUAGAUUGUGUUUGUUUCUUUUAUCUUAUUACAUGGCAAAUGUUGCUUGUCAGCAAUGCUGAUGAAAAGGUUAGACAUUAUGAGGUUAAAUAUGUUAGAGGUGGAUUAAAGGGUGAAAACAGGAGAAUUUUCUCAACACACAUAUUCAUUAAUAAUGACAUAGCUUAAUAUUGUAUGAAUAUUAAUGGGGAGACUUUAUUUUAGAAAAUGGGAAAUAUUCACUUUACAUUUAAAAAAAAUAAAUUCUUUAUUUUAUUGUGCAUAGUAUAACAAACAAGUCUGCAAUAAAAUGAGAGAGGACGGUGGUUGCGCACACAGUAAAUGAUAUCUUUAGUCUAGGAUGGAGCCCCUAGAUUCUGAAAACAUAAGAAACCAUCAUAGGGCAAUAUAUCUUAGACUUAAAUAAAAUGUUAAGAAAACUUGGAAAACUCACAAUAUUUAGAGCCUAUCAGAGUUGGCUCUAAACUUUUAAAGCAGGUUUAUCAAUCUGGUGCAGAUAACGUAGUAUAAAUCCAUUGGUAACCAUCAAACGUCUUCUUAAUGUAGAAGUCAGGAACCAGGAUGACCAGAUAAGUAAAAAGUGAAUACUUUAAUUAUAAAACAAAUAAAAAUACAGCACAACGCGUUUCGACCUAGUGCAAUAGGUCUUCCUCAGGUGCAUAAUAAGACAGUCAAACAGCAUGCUUAUAUACCAUACAUAAUCAAUAUAAUUACGAGUAAAACCUUUACAGCUGUAAAGUCCGUCCUUAACUCCAUAUAUGGAGUGUUUCCGGCAAGAAACGGCAUGUAUAUGCCUCCUCCAAGAUGGCCGCCGUGUAUUGUUCCUCAUACAGGUGCGCGCGACCUUCCCAAAAUGGCCGCGCGUCAUCUCCGUGUAAUUGCAUUAUGUCACUUCCGGUUUCCUCUUCCUCCGGUCACGUGGUACAUCUUCCGAUCACGUGAUACCGGAAGUGGCGUAAGCAGCAUGUAAUUAUAUCGUUGGUGCAAGGGAAUGUCAAUCAAAUCAUUCCCAGUUCGUAUUUUAGAUACAUAUUAGCAAGGAAGUGAGAGGUAAAAGGAGAAAGAGUUAUAUAAAACACCAAUCAUUUAUAACAUAGUAAAAACUUUAACAAUAAUAUAAUUAUAGGAGAAGUAAGUUCCUUAUGUCUUAAAAAUACUAAAUAAAUAUUAAAAAUAAAUGUGAAAUACAUAUAGAGAAUGAUAAUACCAUACAUGUCAAAGAAGAUUUAUAAAAUUGAACCAAUUUCAAAGUCAAUGUUAAGCCCCUUUGGGCAUAAUGUUUGGAGCUCAAAUAUCCAAUUUGAUUCUUUUUUAUUUAGGUUCUUAGCAAUACUGCCACCUCUCCAAUGAUUUUGUAUUUUAUGGAUGGCUGUAAAUUGUAAUUCUUUAGGAUUACAGUUAUGUCUUUCUAAAAAAUGACUAGAUACGCUAUGAUUUAAAAAUCCAAUUUUUAUGUUCCUAAUAUGUUCGUAAAUCCUAGUCUUUAGUGGUCUUGAGGUUUUUCCUACAUACUGUAAACCACAUGUACACUGUAGCAAAUAAAUAACAUUAGUAGACUCACAUGAAAUAAAAGAAUUGAUAUUAAAACUUUUUUUUGUUAUAUUCGAAAUAAAAUCAACUUUCUUUUUUUCAGUUAUAUGUGUAUUUCUACAGGCAUAACAAUUGCCACAAUGAAAAAAACCUUUUUGGGUUUCUGACCAUUUAGUUAAAAAAUUCGAAUUUUCAUUUUUAUUAUCCUUCUCUACAUAAUUUGAGGUUAAAAUUUGCUUAAAAUUUUUUGCCCCUCUAAAAAUGAACUUAGGUUUAUCCCCUAAAUAAUCCCGCAUUUCAUAUUCUUGUUGUAAAAUAUGCCAGUUCUUACUCACAAUUCUUUUUAAAGUGCUUGCAUUGCUACAAUAAUUAAAAAUAAGGGGAAUUUGUUUAUCCUGUUUUUUUCUAUCCUUACUCUUAUAAUUUAAUAAUUGUGAUCUCUCUAAAUCACUAAUGUAGCGGAUGGCACCAGGCGACCCUACAAAAAUACUGUAUAAAGCUGCAUCUGUGUAUCUGCUGUAUUUUCUGUGUAUUGAAAAAGAAUUGUAUUCCUCUGAUUGUUCGGUAGUUCAUUCCCUUAGUUUAUUCGAAUGAAACUACCGAACAACCAGACCUCCCUGUGUGAAGUGUGUCCUCAAUUACCCGUUGCAACAUUGUUGCGAACGGGUAAUUGAACAGUAAGUAGCCGUCCUUUGUUCUCGGGGGUGGCCGCCAUUCGACAAACGAACACGUGGCGGCGGCCAUUUUAAAACUCCCGAACAGCGGUGUUUUGCCGUCGAGUGUCUGGAACUAAAAUCGGACACUCGAGUAGGCGAACACCGCUGAGACCUCCACAGCCCUGGUCCGUUCGGUUCCAAACUACCGAACGGCCCCUCGUUCGGUAAAUAGAGAAUACCGAACGAGGGGAUUCAGGCGAACCCCCCCCUAGCCUCUAUAGCUAGAGGCUUUCGUGUAUUUUAUUCCCUUAUGCCAGGACCGACCGCAAGGCCCAUUCACAUGGAACCGAAUUCGGCUAGCUCUGUUCGUGCGGUCGGUCAUUUUAUUCCCUCCAUACUUUUCCCGAACCCCUGGUCCGAUCUGGGUGAUUUUUGGAUAUGUUGUUCACCCAGAUCAGGGCUACCCGGGGAUGUAUGAUUUAAAGGGGUACCCCUACGUUUAGGGGUACAUCCAGAAAUGGGGGGAAUUGGUGUGCUGGCUAAGGGGAUUAUGAUGCUGGCUGAGGGGAGGGGAUGUGUGGGAGGUUACCAGGACAGGAUUGGCUACUGUAAUAAUUACUGUAAAUCCCUCCCUUGCAUGGGAGCAUGCUUUAUAAGGAGACUGUGAUUAAAGGCUUGUCAGUUAUGCUCCUGAAACUGUGUGUCGUCCAGUUAUUGGGAUUGCUGUUGGGAUAUUGCUGUAUUUUACCUGCUGGAAACCCUGCCUUUGGAUUUACUAUUUACUUGUUCCUGAGUCUCACUUGGAUUAUAAGCGGAGAUAACCUGGGACUAUUGCAUCUCCGCUACAUUGGUUGGCAGCGCUGGGAUCCAGACUCACAGAGGAACAAGCCUAAAUGGAGUACGGAUGGAGAUUGAUUUUGCCACACUAAAACGCUCCACGCUAAAAGACCUUCUGGAGGCAAGGGGUAUCCAAGCCAGCAAUAAAACAAAAGCGGCACUUAUCACUGAACUGAUGGCGGAGUACCGAAUGGAAGGCGAUUCGGUUCCCGAACAAGGGAAUUCGGGAGAAACACCGGAACAAAGGGAGUUCCAGAGGCAGGUACAAUUUCGGCUGUCUUUCUAUGGGGAACACCCUCCAACAGAGAUUGUUUCCAAAACGAUAACGGAGGUCCAGGAGUUUAUACUGAGGAGUCAAACAGCGGCCCCAGAACGCAGCUCUGCAGUAAAUAUGCCACAUGAAGGUAAGCCGAAAAUACCGUACCAGGCUUUUAAAACAUAUGUGGAGGCAGAGGAAGAUAUAGACGCUUUCCUGCAAGAUUUCGAGAGACUGUGUGCACUGCAUAGAAUCAGCGCAGAGGACUGGGUACCUAUUUUGGCAGGAAGGUUAACUGGGAGGGCAGCUGAGGCAUACCGGACUGUACCGAAUGAUGAAAUUCGGAAUUAUCACAAAGUGAAAGAAAUUAUAUUGGCCAGGUAUGCUAUAACACCAGAAGCAUACCGGCGGAGAUUCAGGGAUUUAAAGAAGGUGGAGAAAGACUCACAUGCUGAGUGGGCAUGCAGACUACAACGAGCAGUCUUGGGGUGGGUGCAAGCGAGCAAGGCACGGUCUAUGGAGGAUGUAUUGCAAAUGGUACUGCUGGAGCAAUUUUAUGAAGGAGUAACCAGCGAGGUACAGGAGUGGGUAAGAGACAGAAACCCUACCUCCCUUACCGAAGCAGCCAGGAAGGCAGACGAGUACCUGGAUGCACGCAGGCAGCAAAAACCUGCAGCUCCAAAAGUACCUUUUAAAACCUUUGGGGGAAAUAACUACACGCCAGCUCUACCAAGGUCACUGCCACCACCACCACCACCCGCUACACAGCCACGUUUCCGCCAGCCCACGUCGGGCCCUUGCCACCACUGCCAGAAGUGGGGACAUUAUAAAAGGGAAUGCCCCCAGCUGCGGGACCGUUCCACCUGGAUCCGACCCGGUCCACCACCACCACCGAGAGCCGCCGCAGCCCAUCACUACCAGGACAUCGUGGCCACACCGUAUGGUUCAGCAGUUCCCAUCACAACCGUAGAGCAGUGGGAGGUACUGCACGAGGCAGAUCCCGUCCAGGCUAACGCAGACAACCGCCAGCAUCACAGGCAGACCGUGUAUCUGGAGGGUAAAGCGGUUCAGGGGCUACGUGACUCAGGAGCCACCAUCACCCUGGUAAAAAGUCACCUGGUCUCAGACCAAGCUAAACUUAGCAAGACUGUGGCCGUCAGGGUAGCCGGGGGAGCAGUAUACCGGCUACCCACAGCAAGGGUACAUUUGCAUUGGGGAGCGGGGGCAGGGCAUGUGGAGGUGGGGUUGAUGCCGCAGUUACCGGCGGAGGUUUUAUUGGGGAACGAUCUGGGGAGGCUCACAUCUGCUUUUGAGCCCCAGACACCCACCACAGGAGAAGCUCACCCUGUGGUCACUCGACAACAGGCCCGCACCCAGGACUACAACACACUCCCGGAGGUCCAGGUAAGAGAUCCUUCCCCUUCCCCUGACUGUGUUCCCUGGGCCCCUCCUAACGAAUUUGCAGCUGAGGUAGUGACUGACCCCACCUUGCAGGUGUAUAGGGACAAGGUGACAGCAGACACGCCUGGGGGGGAGGGCGAAAGGUUUAUUUGGGACAACCAGCUGUUAUAUCGGGAGACGGAUAAGCAGGUAUCCGGGUCAGACCCGAUUGUGAUGAGGCAGUUAGUGGUACCUCAGCGGUACCGGGCGGAGUUACUACGGAUAGCCCAUGACAUUCCGCUAUCUGGACAUUUAGGGGUCAGCAGGACCCGAUACAGGUUAACCCAAAGUUUCUUUUGGCCGGGAAUUAGCCAGGAGGUGCGCAGGUAUUGCAACACGUGCGAUACCUGUCAAAGGGUGGGGAAAAGGGGGGACCGGCGCAAGGCCAAGUUACAUCCCCUCCCCAUAAUCGAGGAACCCUUUAGCAGGGUAGCAGUUGACCUGAUAGGACCCCUCAACAAAGCAAGCCCGUCAGGUAAAAGAUUUAUCCUGACCGUAGUAGAUUAUGCCACUAGAUAUCCAGAGGCGGUGGGCCUGACAAAUAUACAGGCUGAGACAGUAGCGGAAGCCCUGAUGAAGAUAUUCUCCCGGGUGGGACUCCCCAGGGAGAUUGUCUCCGAUCAGGGCACCCAGUUCACCGCCGAAGUCACGCAGCGCCUCUGGAAGUUUUGUGACAUUAAGCCGGUCAUUAGUUCCCCUUACCACCCCCAGACGAAUGGGCUCUGCGAACGUUUCAACGGUACAUUGAAACAAAUGCUCCGAACCUUCGCAGAGACCCACAAGGACUGGGAGAAGUUCCUGCCGCACCUCCUCUUUGCUUACCGGGAGGUGCCGCAGGAAUCCACUGGGUUCUCCCCAUUUGAACUAUUGUUUGGCCGCAGGGUACGAGGGCCUUUAGAUUUGAUCAGAGAGCAUUGGGAGGGAGAACGGAGCACUGACGGUACCCCCAUCAUACCCUAUGUGUUGGCAUUCCGAGACCGCCUUGAGGCCUUAACUCAGACGGUACGCGAGAAUUUGCAGGCGGCUCAGACACGCCAACGCACAUGGUAUGAUCGGGGCGCCAGGGACCGUAGCUUUCAGGUCGGGCAGAAGGUGUUAAUCUUAAAACCUGUCCGACACGAUAAGCUGCAGGCCGCCUGGCAGGGCCCUUAUAAGGUGGUGGAACAACGGUGUGACACCACUUAUAUAAUCGGCUCGUGCGUUGGUACUGGGGGGCGACGCAUGCUCCAUGUGAACAUGAUGAAGCCCUACCAGGAGCGCUCUGAGGAAGUGACCGCUAUAUGUGCGCCUAACUCCGAGGAGUUUGACAGUUUACCCCUCCCGGAUCUGCUGGGAGAGGGUCAGUUAUCCGGGGACUUAGGGGAGGUCACCCUGGGGGAUCGGUUGAGCCCACAGGAGCGGAGCGAGGUACAACAGCUGUUGAGGGAGAAGCAGGAUAUCUUCUCUAAUGUACCUGGUUACACUCCUCUGGCCACUCACCGAGUAGACACCCCAGGGCAACUUCCCAUGCGUCAGACCCCGUACCGCAUCCCAGAAGCGGUACGGGCGAACAUGCGCAAGGAGAUAGAUGAGAUGCUCCAGCUGGGGGUGAUUGAGCCCUCUGACAGCCCCUGGGCAUCUCCGGUAGUCCUAGUACCAAAGCGGGACGGCACGACCCGGUUUUGUGUAGACUACCGGAGAUUAAAUGAGAAGACGGUAUCGGACGCCUAUCCUAUGCCCAGGAUAGACGAACUCCUGGAUCGGAUGGCGAGGGGGCACUAUCUCACCACAAUUGACUUGUGUAAAGGGUAUUGGCAAAUACCCUUGGCACAAGACGCCAUCCCUAAGUCGGCCUUUGUCACCCCAUUCGGCUUGUACCAAUUUAAGGUCAUGCCGUUUGGGAUGAAAAACGCCCCGGCUACUUUUCAGCGGAUGGUGGACCGCCUCCUAGAUGGGUUCCAGGAUUAUACCUGCGCAUACCUCGACGAUAUUGCCAUUUUCAGCAAUACCUGGCAGGAACACCUGACCCAUAUAGGAGCGGUCCUAGAUAGGAUUAGGGCCGCUGGUUUAACGCUGAAACCAGCCAAAUGCAGCAUAGGAAUGGCUGAAGUACAGUACCUAGGUCAUCGGGUAGGAUGCGGCAAGCAAAAGCCGGAACCAGCCAAAGUAGAGGCUGUAGCUCAAUGGCCCACCCCUAGGACUAAGACCCAGGUGUUAGCGUUCUUAGGAACGGCCGGAUACUACCGGAAAUUUGUCCCGAAUUACAGUGCCCUGGCCAAACCUCUCACCGACUUGACCCGUAAAAACCUACCCCGCCAAGUAACCUGGACCCCGGAGUGUGAACAGGCAUUUCAGUUGUUAAAAGAUGCAUUGACAAAUGCCCCUGUCUUGGCAGCUCCCAAUCCAACUAAACGUUUUCUUGUCCACACAGACGCUUCUAUGUUUGGAUUGGGAGCAGUAUUAAGCCAAGUCGGGGCCGAUGGCGGAGAACAUCCCGUGGCUUACAUCAGCCGGAAACUGUUACCUCGAGAAGUAAGCUACGCCGCCAUCGAGAAAGAAUGCCUGGCUGUGGUGUGGGCCCUGAAGAAAUUACAACCAUAUUUGUACGGACAAGCUUUUUCCCUGCUCACGGAUCACAACCCGUUAGUAUGGCUAAACCGGGUGGCUGGGGACAAUGCCCGGCUGCUGCGCUGGAGUCUGGCGCUGCAGCCCUUUGACUUUAAUAUCCAGUACCGCCCGGGUAAACAGAAUGGAAAUGCUGAUGGGUUGUCUCGACAAACUGACCUAGAGAAAUGAUCCGUGAGCCUCCCCGGACAUCCCCAAGCCGAUCCGUGUUGGAUCAGACUGUGUAUGCCGGCUUGUGGGCAAGGGGGAGCAGUGUAGCGGAUGGCACCAGGCGACCCUACAAAAAUACUGUAUAAAGCUGCAUCUGUGUAUCUGCUGUAUUUUCUGUGUAUUGAAAAAGAAUUGUAUUCCUCUGAUUGUUCGGUAGUUCAUUCCCUUAGUUUAUUCGAAUGAAACUACCGAACAACCAGACCUCCCUGUGUGAAGUGUGUCCUCAAUUACCCGUUGCAACAUUGUUGCGAACGGGUAAUUGAACAGUAAGUAGCCGUCCUUUGUUCUCGGGGGUGGCCGCCAUUCGACAAACGAACACGUGGCGGCGGCCAUUUUAAAACUCCCGAACAGCGGUGUUUUGCCGUCGAGUGUCUGGAACUAAAAUCGGACACUCGAGUAGGCGAACACCGCUGAGACCUCCACAGCCCUGGUCCGUUCGGUUCCAAACUACCGAACGGCCCCUCGUUCGGUAAAUAGAGAAUACCGAACGAGGGGAUUCAGGCGAACCCUCCCUAGCCUCUAUAGCUAGAGGCUUUCGUGUAUUUUAUUCCCUUAUGCCAGGACCGACCGCAAGGCCCAUUCACAUGGAACCGAAUUCGGCUAGCUCUGUUCGUGCGGUCGGUCAUUUUAUUCCCUCCAUACUUUUCCCGAACCCCUGGUCCGAUCUGGGUGAUUUUUGGAUAUGUUGUUCACCCAGAUCAGGGCUACCAGGGGAUGUAUGAUUUAAAGGGGUACCCCUACGUUUAGGGGUACAUCCAGAAAUGGGGGGAAUUGGUGUGCUGGCUAAGGGGAUUAUGAUGCUGGCUGAGGGGAGGGGAUGUGUGGGAGGUUACCAGGACAGGAUUGGCUACUGUAAUAAUUACUGUAAAUCCCUCCCUUGCAUGGGAGCAUGCUUUAUAAGGAGACUGUGAUUAAAGGCUUGUCAGUUAUGCUCCUGAAACUGUGUGUCGUCCAGUUAUUGGGAUUGCUGUUGGGAUAUUGCUGUAUUUUACCUGCUGGAAACCCUGCCUUUGGAUUUACUAUUUACUUGUUCCUGAGUCUCACUUGGAUUAUAAGCGGAGAUAACCUGGGACUAUUGCAUCUCCGCUACAACUAACAAUGUUGAUAUCUUGUUGGAGGAAACAAGUCUGCAAUGCCACAACAGCGAUUGCAAACAUUCUUAAAUCAGAGUACAUAUGUAGCGGUAGGGCAUAUCAAGGUUUACUGCACAUUUUUAUAUGAAUUAUAUACAUGUUUAAGAAAGGUUGGGCUAUACAAAGUGUGGACCCUAUACUACUCCCCAGGUACCUUGGGUCAGUCACAGGAAAGAAACAUCCAAGAGAACAUUUUUAAAAGAAGUAUGUAUAUACAUUUGCAGCUUAGUGAUAUGGUUUGUUUCAGGAUGGCUGGCAAGUCGUUCAGCCUAUGCCCUUUGCGGGUUGAACACCGUUCUCCUAGUGUGUAUCGGGCUUCAGGCCAAGUGCCCUAGUGCUUGCUGUCGUGGAGGUCGUAGGUGUCUCCACCGCAAUUCCCCGCGCUGUGUGGAUCCGCAAACAGCCUCGCAGGCCCCGUGCUGUUCGACAUGUUCGCUUCCUAGAGGCCUUUACGGAUGCAGAUAUUUGGCACUGUGGCAGGUGCAGGUCGGUGGGAAUAUUGCGGAGACCCCAGGGGGGAGCGGAUGACUUGCGGGUUGUGCUCAGUCCACUUAUCUCUCAUCUUCCUUCAGAAGUCGUCAAACAGCUUGUCCAGGCGGCAUGCGAUGCUGGAUUGCUGGAUAUCGUUCCCAAGUAGGCCAGUUUACGCGUGGUGUCCGCCAUUUUGGAUGUGUCUCCAUCUGUGCUGUUGAUAGUUGCGGCUCUAGACAGGGGCCCCGAUGGGUCUGAGGAGCAUCCAGGGUGGGGACCGGGAUCACCCCCGCCAGUCCAAAGGGGGGGUUGCGGGGUGAUAGCAUCAGCAUGAUGGAGUUCUGCGUGUGUUGGGCUGGUAGAUCGCCUUUUCUCCCCUCUAUCAGGCCCAACAAGUGGCGGUAAGGUGAGGAGGUUGGGUCCAACAGUGGUAAAUGACCGCGGGAAGUGUUCCCAGGCCGGUCAAUCGAUUGUCAGGUAGAGGCUGUUGGUCCCAGUUUGUAUGCUUAAAAACGCUGUUAAGCAAGGAUUAGGUCAUGUUUUGGCAGGAGAUUUUGUGAGACGCGACCUCUCGCUAUGACAGUCAGGCCCCGCCCCCCACUUUCAAUUUUAAUAAAAUGGUUACAGAUACAGAUUCUUAAAAUUAAGUGAUAGCUAGUUUCUUAUACAUAAAAAUGUGUUUGUUUUUUCAGUUGACAGGUAAUAGUGUUCUAUUUGGAAGUGUCUGUUGAUUUUUAGAAAGCUUUCACUCCUUUGGGAUCUAUGGGAUUUCUGUCCCUUAUUUAAAAGUUUUGAUUCAGAACAUGUGAAUCCAUUCAUCUAUCCUAAUCUGUGUUAAUAUCUAUCUAUGCCUUACGCUAAGCGUAAGAAUCCCCCUCUAUAGUAGGUCCUCAGGACCCUAUUAUUUAAAAAACAAAAACAAAAAGAACCACUGCAUCAGUUUGGUCAGUGGGCUUAUAUAGAUAGAUUUUGGUUAUAUCUAUGUAUUUUCCCUGCCUCCUUUAGUGCAUUACUUCUCUGGGUCUUUUUCUCCCUUCUGUAGGGUUGUUGCCUAGGGAUACCUGACACAUUUCUAUGGCUGUGCAUUGUGAGAUCAGUAGUUAUGGUUUGUGGUUGUCCUUUGGUAAUACACAUUGUGAUAUUGUCACUACGUCCUGCACCUAACAGUCACCUAACAUGACUCUGUGCAUCUUAUUGGCGUAGGCUGACCCAAGGAGUGUGGGAUAAUAAGGCUAUUUACAUUUAUUAAUAAAACCAUAUUCAUCUUCCUUUCUUCUGGCAUUGUUUGAUAAAGGUCCCCUACUGAGAGCUGAACAUCAGGCUUACUCUUUAUUUCCCAACAAAUGUAGUUUUGUUUGAAGAAGAAGCCAGUUUCUAUUUUACCUUUUUCUACGGCUAAGGUGUUACUUGAUUUAUUCUUAUUUUUUUUCCUUAAAGAAGUUUUUUUCAGGUUUCCAUUUGAAUCAGGAUAUCACAGAUUUGUUAAAAACUGUCCUUCCUUGCACCACUUUUGGUAGGUUCUACCACUGUAUAUUGGGAACACCCCACAAUGCUUGCUCUACCACUUCAGCUGGAAGGCUAUUCCAUGCAUCCACUACCCUCUCAGUAAAGUAAUACUUCUUGAUAUUAUUUUUAAACCUUUGCUCCUCUAAUUUAAGACUACGUCCUCUUAUUGUAGUAGUUUUUCUUCAAAAAAUAUAAUCAUUGUUAUGCACUUCACCUGUCAGCAGUUUUAAUGUGGCUGAUCAGUGUAUAAAUAAACAACAACAUUUAGUGGCUAUUCCAUAAAAAUCAACUAUCUUUUUUCCUGUUAAUCAACAGGUGCUACAGAUGGAAUUUCAAAACACAAAUCAAAUGAAAAUGAUCAUUCCUUCUUCCUUUCAUUUGUUUUGAUUUGAUUUUGCCCAGAUUUCGGAAGAAUCGCAAUUCGUGUGAAACCAAAGGCACGAGUCUUCUAUUAAUUAAGUAUAAUUUUUAAUCCUUAUGUCCUAUCUGUUUUUUUAAAGAGCGAGCACGAGAUUACCUGCACAAGAGCGGACGGUUUAUUGUUAUUGGAGGAAUCAUCUCCCCUGUUCACGAUUCAUAUGGAAAACAGGUAAAGAUAUAUUUUUACAGAUGCUUCUAUAAUAUGUAAUCUUAUAAAUGUUAUUACCUUCUAAUCAGUGCAUAUUUCAAGUUCUAUGCUCUAUUGAUCUAUUGAUAUCGUGAUCAUGUUCCCCUUAUAACUAAAUUGCUUAAAGCAAGCUUCCCCAAACUCCAGCCCUCCAGAUGUUGCUGAACUACAACUCCCAUAAUUCUAUGAAUGAAAUAGAUAGGCUGAGACUCAUGGGAGUUGUAGUUCAGCAACAUCUGGAGGGCCGGAGUUUGGGGAAGCCUGGCUUAAAGCAUUGCUCUGGUUAGUGGAUAGAUUCCUGUGUAUACUAACAUGCUUCUAUUGCAUAUCAAAGAUUGAGCUGUAUAUACAAAGCAACAAAGUAAUUGUUUAUAGAAAAAAUGUUUAAUCUUUAACCUCAUUUCAUUCAUUAAUCUUUCUUAAAGGAACUCUAUAUUCAGUAAUUGAAGUUGCCACAGUUCAAUCUAUAAGUUAAUGUAUUUACUUUUAAGUGAAAUGAAUGAGUUAUCUUGUUAUAGAUGGCUUCAAGCCACAUCCCCAAGUCCCCCGAUUCGGCGAGCCUUCAGUUUAAUUUCCUGUCUUAGGAAAAUUCAGAAAAUGUAAUAAAGGCAUUUAAAACUUCUUUUUAAAAUAACUAAGUAAUUUUCAUAAACCACAAUAAAUUAAUUAGCUACUACACCGUCUCCCAGUGUUUCCUCCUAACAUCACCUUGAAAAAUAAUCCAAAUGAGUGGAGCAAGACAGAUACCUCCUUAAGUGCAUAUUGUGUUUGCAUUAGUAUUUUACUCUUGUUGUUUUCUGUAUCCCUUCAAAUCAAUAACAAAAUAUCAAAAAAGUAAGACAAAUAAUGAAUACAUUUUGUUAAUGACACCGUUAUGAAACUGAAACUAUGGCUGACGUCAAACAAUUAAACAUGUUGUAGCAUUUUCACUUUUACAGGCUGUUAUGAAAAUAUAAACACAGGGGUAUCAAGAUUAUUAAGCUGACACUUUAAUAGUAGCGGUUUGUGUGAAUUCUUUUGUUGACCAAAAUCUAUCUAUUAAAGGACCACUAUAGGCACCCAGACCACUUCAGCUUAAUGAAGUGGUCUGGGUGCCAGGUCCAGCUAGGGUUAACCCUUUUUUCUAUAAACAUAGCAGUUUCAGAGAAACUGCUAUGUUUAUAAUAUGGUUAAUCCAGCCUCUAGAGCCUCUAGUGGCUGUCUCAUUGACAGCCGCUAGAGGCACUUGCGUGCUUCUCACUAUGAAAAUCACAGUGAGAAGACGCCAGCGUCCAUAGGAAAGCAUGCACAUUCAGCCGAUGACGUCGCUAUGGAGGAGGAGAGGAGGAGGAUGAGAGCUCCCCGCCCGGCGCUGGAGAAAGGUAAGAUUUUAACCCCUUCCUCUCCCCAGAGCCCGGUGGGAGGGGGACCCUGAGGGUGGGGGCGAGUACGAGUAUGUUUUCCUGGCACUAUAGUGGUCCUUUAACUCAAAUUAGUAUUUUGGACUUGAUGAAAAAGAAUUCGGUAGAGAGGUUAAUAAAUAGCACUUUGACUUUAAAUUUAUAUUAUGUCACAAAUAUAUUUUGCUUGUGGAACUAUACUAAAUAUUUUUAAAAUAAUGGUGGAACGUUUAUAUAUCCUCUGAUGCUCUAACAAUGCUAUUUUCAAAAAGAAAUGGCUCCUUCGCUUGUUACAUUUGUUUUGAAAAUUAAGCAGCCAUAAAUUUGCAGAAUAUGGAGGCAUUGUCUGUCCUUACACUAUUAUAUGGAGAAGAAAGGGUAUCACACAGGAUUAUUUACUAAAAUGGGAAUUGUUGGGAAUUCAAAAUGAAUACCAAAAUAGCUGAAAGAGUAAAUAAAUUUGGGUAUUUGGGUAUUUUGACUUUUUCUUUUGAAAGGGGAGAUGGGAAAGUUUGGUUAAUAUACUCGAUUGGAGCUUGAAGUAUGGUGGUUACUUGUCCUCAGAUAGAUCCCCAUUACUAGAUUUAGACUUUCCUCAGUUAUCCAAGUAACAGAUGGAGCGAUUAAAAACCAUAACAGAUUUAAUAAGCCAUUUGCAGUUUCACUCUUCAGUCCUUACACAUGCAUGACUUAAUCUUUGAGACAAGAAUGUACUAGUGGCAGAAUCAUAAAUGUAGACCCUCCCUGGUAAGGGUGGAGGCGGCUGCGGGCAUUGGGUAGGGGAUCGGGAGGACCUACAUCAGUUUAUAUGUUGUUAAGGUAUUCCGCGGCCUGGUAGAAUAAAUGUUGUCUUACCUAUGAGACACAAAACAGACAUUGGCCAAACGUGAGAGUACCUGAAAAUGCAAUACUAUGCAGCUUAGUUGUGGAGAGGCUGUAUAGGUUAAUUCUAUAUAAGGCAGGCAUUACCAAUGUGGAAAACUUUUUAAAACAUAAUGGCUCCUAAUCAGCGACGCAAAAUAGUUUCAUUGUGGAUCUGUUGAAAUUUAUUCUGACACACAAUUUCUCUAUUUUUAAUGGCACCUUCUACCACCAGAUCAGAGGUAAUGUGAUGGGCACGGCUUGUGCUACAUUUUUUGCCAACCUCCACCUUGAUUGGUGGGAGAAGCUGAAUGUUUUCUCUGAAGAGAUGAGUGAAUACAUUGUAUCAAUGCUCACAUGGAAAGUUUAUAUCGACGAUAUUCUAAUCAUCUGCACUGACAACAUUGACAGAUUCUAUGAGUUUAGAAAGCAUCUCAAUCAGAAUGUUUUGAAUCUAAAUUCACAGCAGAUAUGGGAAAUCCAUCCCUGAAUUUUAUGGACAUGACUCUCACCAUCUCAUCGUCCAACUAUUCAAUGACUUCUCUCUGUUUUAUUGCUUCUGCAGACUUCAGAGAAAAGUGCAACAAAAAUGCAUGUUUAAACACACUUGCACUGCACUGGAGUAGUCACCCUAGCAUGCAGGAGGUGGUGCGAAAACAGCUUAUAUGGAGGUAGUUCACUUUCCCAGAAUUGCAAGUAUGGAAACAGAGUGGCCAAUGGGCAAUAAAUGCAAGUUUCUGUUGUUUGACCUGUCACACUAACUGCCGCCACUGUUAACAAUACCACUAUUUUUAUUUGGAGUUAUAGAUUGAUUAUCUUCUUCCAUAUAUAACUCUGUUGGAUAACUGACUCACCAUAGAAACAACGUAGAGCAGGGGUGAUUAUUAGGUAGAUCCACAGAUGUUUUAGAACUCCAACUCUCUUAAAGCUUUUUCAUGCUUAAGGCUGGCAAAGCAUCUUGGAGUUGUAGUUCUACAACAUGUGUGGAUCUAUCUUUUGGGUACAUUUGACCUAAAGAAUUUAUUGUUUACACCAGCGGUUCCCAAACUGUGUGCCCAGGGGUGCUGCGGCAGGCACACAGGGGCGCCGCAAGAUAUUUCCCCAGUGCUAUGAUCCUAUGAUCAUAGCACCGGGAAAUGUGCCGCCCUCUCCCCUGCCGGCUCUGCAGGACCGGAGGGGAGAUCAGAGAUCUCUAUCUCUGGCCUGCUAGCAAUGUAAUGCUGGCAGUCGGCAGGGGAGGGAGGGAGAGAGGACCCGGAGGAGCUCUAACCUGCAGCUCUGCCGGGUUCUCCUAUCACGCUCCGAAUCUUGCGAGAGUGAACUCUAGCAACUCCUGAGUUCACUCUCACCACUGGGACCACCAGGGCUUCUAGUUCACUCUCACCACUGGGACCACCAGGGAUUAUAGGAAAUGUCCCCCCUUCCAGGCAAAGGUAAUCACAUCAAAAUUAUUAUUUUAUUUUUUUAAAUAAAAAAAACCUAUAUAUAUUUAUUUAUCUACCCUUCUCCUCCUACCCUUCCCCCCUAUUCACAUACACUGCCCCCUAUACAUACUGCCCCCAUAUGCACACUGCCCCCAUACACACACACUGGCCCAUAUACACACAAUGCCCCCAUACACACCCUGCCCCCAUGCACACACACACACUGCCCCACAUAUACUCACUGCCCCCUAUACAGACACACUGCCUCUCUCACACACACAGACACUGCCCCACAUACAUACACUGUACUCCUCACACACACUAUACCUCUCAUACACACUGCACCCCUAUGCACACAUUGGACCCCUAACAUACACUGCCCCCCAUACACAUGCACUGUACCCCUCAAUCACACCUGGCCCCCACACACACACUGUACCACUCACAAACACACUGCAUCCCUCAAACACACGCACACCACAUCCUUCACACACACACACACACACACACACACACAAACACACUGCUCCCCACACACAAACACACACACAGUUAACCACACGCACACACACACACACACACACACCACUGCCCCUAUCCCUUACUACAGCCCAUUUCCUGGCAAACCCCAGGUAGACCCCUGGCAUGCUGUAGUGGUUAUUGUGUCUGGAUUGUUUCUUUAAAUAAUUUACAAGUGCCCCUCCAGCACCUGACAGGGAAACAUUUAACUUGGGGCCUUGGAAAAAUAUUGAAACAUUAAGGGUGCCUUGAACCUAAAAUGUUUGGUUUACACACUGGUUUACACAAUUUCAGCAAAAUAAAGCCUUGACAGUUUUAUUCAAUGAGAUGUUGCAUCAAGUGCUUCUUUUAACUCAUUUUAUUAUGUAUUAUUAUAAUUUAAUACUAAUAAAAUAAUAAAGAUUGAGGAAAGUGCAGAUUUAAACGUGCAGAAAUAAAGUCAGAUCUGAUGAAAUCAUUAUUGAUUUUAACAUUUCUCUCUUUAACUCUUUAAAGGGAAACUACAUUGCCAGGAAAACAAAGAUGUUUUCACGGCACUAUCGCUCCCUAUAGUUAAAAAACCCUUCUGUCACUUACCUGAUCCCAGCGCCAAUGUCCCUCGACGCUGGUUGAGGCUCCACUGUAAGAGAACGGGAGUGACCUAAUGCACAUGCACGGCAAUCGCCUUGCUCGCACCAGGACUUUCCCCUAUGGAAAGCAUAAUACAAUGCUUUCCUAUACGAUUUUGGGUGACGCUGGAUGUCCUCAUGCCAAAAAAUCACCUAGCGACCCCCCGAAGUCUCUUUAGUGGAUGUGGAUGAAAGCCACUAGAGGCGGAGUUAACUUUGGCAAGUAAUUAUUGCAUAUUUUAUUAAAAAUAAUUACCACUGCAGGGCUAAGGGACCUGGGACAGUGCACCCAGAGCACUUCAAUGAGCUGAAGUGGUCUGGGUGCCUUCAGUGUCCCUAUAAGUGCUCUGCAAAGAGGGGGUAUUAUUUUUUCAUUUAAAGUGUUAAUCACAUGUCUUCUGUGUAUUCCACCUAAACACUGAUUGUAUAUCUCUGCCUAUUCUCAGGGCCUGGUCUCAAGUCGACAUCGCCUUAACAUGUGUCAGCUUGCAGUGCAGAACUCAGACUGGAUCCGGUGAGAUGGGACUUGGGGUUCAUAGUGGUCAUUUGGAAGAAUCUUAUUACAUAAAAGUAUACUUUUCAUACUGACAAGAGGGAGUAUUUUUGCACUUAAGUAGAAUAACCUAAAACAAAGAAUUCUGUUUUAAGGGUUAUAUUACAUUACAUUAAAAACAAUCAGUAAUAUAUUAUUUAUAAGAAAAUAUCCACUGGUGCUGGAAUGAUUACAUAUACAUAUUCUUAGUAAUCUAGCCAUUACUAGGUUGAGUUUAUCAUAUUACAGGCCUACAAGUUUGAAAAGUAGGAUACAUAACUAUAUGCUACAGAUAGUCUUUUUAUUAUAUUCAGAUAUUUUCACUGGUUUCUGUGUCUUUCUCCACUAACUUCACUGUUCUUAUUUAGGGUUGAUCCUUGGGAAUGCUACCAAGAUACCUGGCAGACAACAUGUAGUGUUCUGGAGCAUCACCGAGAUCUGAUGAAGGUGAGACAUACACUGUGAUCCAUGAAAUAACACAACAGAGAGUAUGAUAAGCCAUUCACCUUAUUAGUUAUAGGACACAUUCAUACGUCCCCAUAAGAAAGAAUUGUAUUCAAUACUUUCCUAGCAGCUUCUGUAUCACGUGAAUGAAUUUAACUUGGUCAGUGCAGCGGUAGCACCUCUAGUUGCUGCCAACAGACGUGGAUUUAACCCUGCAACGUAAACAUUGUUGGAUGCCCCCCUACUGUACAGUUUUAUGUCUUUUCCACAUUGAUGUAUAGCUUUUUGUAUAGAUCUAUAGAAAGAGUCAGCUUGUGUGAAAUGAAUAUUAAAACAUUGUCACAUUUCACACCCUGUAAUAUUUAAUAGGAUGUUCUAAGGUCGCUGCUAAUACAUGAUAUAUACAAUAAACAGUGUGACAAAUUGUUACUUCUGCUUUCGUCUCUGUCUGAUUAUUUCUGGACAACUUGUACAGAAACUCUGAAAAUGCAUUCAGGCAAUUGCUUUAUUCAUGAUUGGUUUUUUUCCCCCCAGAGAGUCACUGGCUGUAUCCUCUCUAAUGUGAACACACCUUCUGUCACACCAGUGAUCAGCCAGUCCCUCAACCAAUCAACACAGCCCGUCUACCAGAACAGCAAUCUCACCAACAAGCCCACUGCAGGUAAGUGAACAGUGUUUCACAAUCCGUCCAAAAGACAGGAAAGAAAUGUGUGAACCUAUAACCCCUUCUACUCCCCCACCCCCCAAAAAUGUUUAACUAAAAUGUCAAAUUAUGUCCAUCAUUCAUAUAAUGUAAACUGAAAAAGUAAACACCAUUCAUUGUCUUUUUUGUGCACAUAUGAUAGUUCCUCUUUGAUGUAAUACCAUAUUUGGAUAGAGAUUAUUUACAAAGAAUAGAGGAAAAGAGGAAAGGAGAGUCCAACUAGGGACACGUUCCUCACCUGACCACUAAUGUGCUUUAUAUAUUAAUGCAAAAAAAAUCUGCGAGGGAAUAUUCACUGGCACCCAACAUUGUGACCUGCUCUAUAUAAUGCUUAUCUUUGUGUAUAUAUAUAUAUAUAUAUAGCGGGGAAGUAAAUCUAUGCUUUCCCUCAUUCCCCUAUAGUAGAAGAGUAAACAGGAGUUGUAACAGAUACAAAGAGUCAUUAAUUCUUGGGACGAGCAGUAAGCAGGUAUUGUGGACCCUGUGUUUUUGGAAACACUGUUUAUUGUUAAAAUCUUCCUUAAAAGAUUGGGGUCAAAGCAAUGUUGUAAUUUAGAUAGACUUUUAUACCUCAAUAUUUUUUUUUUGCACAAAUGUUGCACUUCUUUCUUCCUAUCAGUGAGGAUCCUCGGGAAAGUGGGAGAAGGACUGAGUCGUAUAUGCUGUGUCCGCCCCAACCUGCAGCGUGUUACUUUUGUGGGUGAGUGUUCUAUACUAAUUAUAUAGUUUGCAUGUAAUUGUUUUUAACCCCUUAAGGACACAUGACAUGUUUGACAUGUCAUGAUUCCCUUUUAUUCCAGAAGCUUGGUCCUUAACAGGUUAAGGUCCAUAAACCAUGACAUACUCUGUUUCUAUAAUUCUUUCUUUGGCUUUCCUGUUCUGUUUGUUUGUGACAGACUACAAUAGACGUAUACGGGAGAUUCCAAAUCUGUUUUAAAAAUGGCAAUAUUGUAUCCGUUCUGCUUGUCAGUGACUUACGUAUAUGUUGUUGACAUUAAGAACACGACUAUGUGGAUAUAAUAAUUUCAUAUAUUUAUAGAUACUGUAGUUAUUCAAUAAACUGUGAAUUGUGGUGAAUUGACAAGGAAGUUGCAAAUUUGAUAGCAACAUUUCCAAGCUGAGUUGGUGACAUUUUUCAAUUCAUGUGUUUUGGCCCCAAAUUUGCAAUUCUCUUGUUGGUACUUCACAAUUUGUAGUUUAGUAAAUAAGCCCAUUGUGCUUGGGUAAAGAAGCAACAUCACCAACAAUGUGAAUUGGUUAUUAAAAGUUUAAAAUCUGAACAAUAUCAUAGUCUAGUAGUGACUUUAUACCAUCUGAUGAGCAUCAUGACCUCUCUGUUAUUUCAUAUACAAGACUGAUGAGUUUUGAGAAUCUAAGGCAACCAUUAAACAAGCAGAUGACUCAACCCCUCUGUUAUCUGUUUGUAAAAAAUCUGAAUAUAAAGGAGAGUGCCCCACACAGUACGAUAAACACAUAUCAUUUCUGCUAAAAACUAGACAUUUCUCCAAACAUUUGGUUUAUUAAGAAAGAACCAGUUGUGGCCACUAUUUACCUGUUUGUAGGCAUGAAUAAAGCUUCACCUGAUGUUUGAGGUUUUUACAGACUUUAUUAUUUGUUUAGCUAUGAGAUCUAUCGAGAGGGCUUAAUACAACAUGGACAGAUGUGCCUAACGGAACUUUAAAAUGAAGACAGUCUUUCCAUGUUGUUGAAUCUAGUCUUCAGUCUGGUGAUGCUUCCUCUUCACACUAGGGAAAUAAAGUCAUUGGCUAGGCUCAGUUACACCCAGAAGCCAGCCGGCGAUUCAUGAUAGUAAAUAUCUUGGACCUUUAACCCCUUAAGGACACGACAGAAACUUUCCGUCAUGAUGGUCUUUUACUUCUGAAGCUGUGUCCUUAAUGGGUUAAGCUGUCCUUCAAAGGAAACAUAUUUUAGCAGAAGUGUGUCUCUUUAUGCUGCCUAUUAAUUUGACCUGAAUGUGUUAAUACAUGUGAUUCUGGGAUACUAGGAACAUAAUAGUCAGCCGUAGCCAGUGCGGACAGAGCAACAUCACAGUAAAAAAAGCUCUAAGCAAGAAUGAUAAAUUUAAAUUCAAAGCGCUAUUUAAUCUGUGCUAAUGUUUUUGGACACUUUGUGUGGGUAGAGGUCUCUUCAAACUUUAUUUAUGGGCCUGUUUGGAAGUACUUUAGGUGGUUGUUCCCAAAAUGUAUGCAUUUCUCAUGGGUUACCCAAACAAAAUACUUUUUUGUAAAUACUCACUGGCAAAUUUUUAGUCUUUCCAGUCCUGCUAAGGCAAACUGUGCAUUAUAGGCAAUGUAGUCUGUAAACAUCUACAGGGCCAAGGUUAAUCAUUAUUGACAUAUGGAAUCAAAUGUGAAUUGUCGUUCUGCAGUCAAGGGAAAACAAAUUAGUUUUCAUUAGAUUAUUGUAUUUUAUUAAUUCAACUAAUUCUUUCAUUCCAUGUUUCAGAUGAAAAUGCUAACCUUGGAACAGUGAUGCGAUACGAGGAGAUAGGUAUGUCUAAAUGGGAAUCCAUGUGAUUGGGUGAACCAUCUUAGAUUUGAUUAGGGAUUAGGUAAAAACUAUAUCUUGAGAUACAGCUACUAGACAGUAAAGUAACAACCUGAACGGAACGCUAAAACAUAAUCUUGAACCGUUGCUUGGUCCACAGUUGUUCACACUUUCUUUUGUUAGAACACACAGUAUCUAGUAUGUGGUUAUGCCAUUCACGUAAGUGUGGAUUACAAGGUCCGAGUAAGAAAACACAGGAAAUUUGAUUGAUUGUGCUAUGGAAAUGUAUUAAUGGGUAUCUAAAGACAUUUUUCCUGGGAUGAAAUGCUGAAAUCAACAUAAUUCAGAUGAUUUUACCCCAUUAUUUAAUGUGUCAUAUCCGUCCAUGUUCUAUGAUCUAUCCAUAGCUCACCCCACAGUCCCUUAAGCAACAAUUUAUAUUUCACCCUGUGAUAUUACACUAUACCAUUCAAUAUAUCACCAUAUAGUCUAAACCUCUGAGCCUAAAUGCCUACCUGCUAGUGGUGCAAGCAGUUACAAUGAGAAACGGCAUGCAACAUGGCUAGUUCUAAGCUACCCUGUGACUUAUUGCAUUUUGUUUGACCCCAUGUACUUCUCAUACAGGUAUAAGGUACAAGAAUAAUGUUACAAUCAUGUUAUAUCAUUAGAUUUCAUAUUAGUUUGAUUACUUCAGAGUAGACAUGAAGUAAUAUGUUGUAAAAAUUGCCACCCAGGCAUGUUUGCCCUAGUCUUAAUUUUCCUAUUUUUUAUUCUCUUAGAACUGCGUAUCUUGCUCCUGUGUGGAAGCGAUCUUCUUGAGUCGUUUUGUAUACCAGGCCUAUGGAACGAGUCUGAUGUAAGUAAAUACACUAAUUAUAUUCAGCAACUCUUGCUGGAUCUUAUAUUACUACACCCUAGACCAGGCAUAGGCAACCUUCGGCACUGCAGAUGUUUUGGACUACACCUCCCAUGAUGCUUUGCCAGCAUUAUGUGUGUAAGAGCAUUAUGGGGGAUGUAGUCCACAACAACUGGAGUGCCGAUGGUUGCCUAUCCCUGCCCUAGACUGACCUAGUAGAUAUGUUUCCUAUCUGGAACUUGUUGUGACUUCUUGAGAUAUUAGUGAAUGGAUUCCAGUUCAAUUUGUGUACAAAAUUAAAAUCAAAUGUUUCCAUGCAGAUGGAGGUGAUUGUGGGAGAUUUUGGAAUUGUGGUUGUACCAAGGGAUGGAACGGACACUGAACAAAUCAUGAAUCACUCGUCUUUGCUGCGUAAAUAUAAGGUGUGUUUAAUUGUUGUGUUUUUGGUGUAUUUAUUCAAGAGAGCACAAUUUCCAGAUGGCAGCAAAAAGAACAAAUGUGGAAAAGUAUUUCUACUAAAGGAUAGUUCACAUUAUCCCUUAAUGGCUAUUUAAAAUAACCAUGUAACCAUUAAAGGGACACUAUAGUGACCUGAACAACUUUAGCUUAAUGAAGCAGUUUUGAUGUAUAGAACAUGCACCUGCAGCCUCACUGCUCAAUCCUCUGCCAUUUAGGAGUUAAAUCCCUUUGUUUAUAAACCCUAGUUACAACUCCCUGCAUGUGACUUGCACAGCCUUCCAUAAACACUUCCUGUAAAGAGAGCCCUAUUUAAGCUUUCUUUAUUGAAAGUUCUGUUUAAUUAAGAUUUUCUUAUCCCCUGCUAUGUUAAUAGCUUGCUAGACCCUGCAAGAGCCUCCUGUAUGUGAUUAAAGUUCAAUUUAGAGAUUGAGAUACAAUUAUUUAAAGUAAAUUACAUCUGUUUGAAAGUGAACAGUUUUUUUUUCAUGCAUGCUCUGUCAAUCAUAGCCAGGGGAGGUGUGGCUAGGGCUGCAUAAACAGAAACAAAGUGAUUUAACGCCUAGAUGACAGUGAAUUUAGCAGUGAAAUUGCAGGGGAAUGAUCUAUACACUAAAACCGCUUUAUUUAGCUAAAGUAAUUUAGGUGACUAUAGUGUUCCUUGAAGCAUUUAAGAUAAUAAAAAUGAUAUUUUAUCUUAUAGUGUGUGGACAUAUUCUGUGAUGUUGUACAAUAUAAUGACAUUACAUAUAAGAUGAGAUACAGUUAUGGGUGAAAGAUUGGUAGUGUACAGAGCAUUGUGUGAAGUGUCUGUCAGUGUUUCAAAUCAGUAAGAUUGUGUCUAUCAUUGAGAGUGUGUGUCAAAUCAGUGAGAGUGUGUAAGUGUCAGUCAGUGUGUGUCUGAUUACAAAAAGAGGCUGAUAGAUGGAUAGGUGGAGUCGUUGCCAUAGAAACAUUGUCUGGACUGGACAUUUGCAAAGGGGUGAAGUUGGUAAGGUGACCACGUCCAUCUAGGGGGUGCAAAAAUAAACUCUGUACCAAAGCAUCUGUGACCCUAGGAGUGUGGUACAAAUAUUUGCUUCAUUUGCAUGUCUAUUCUGGAAGGGUCAGAAACCGACAUAUUCCCCUUCCUCUCCUAUAAUUUAUUCUACUCAUUGAUGGUAAGUGAUGCAUCAUGACAUCUUCUGUAAAAUAGUCAAAGUGGUUUUAGGACCCGUGAUUGUUUAAUUAUGUAGCAUUUACAAAUAAAAAAGAGCCUAAAAGACAUAAAGCAAUGUUGUUGGUUUUUCUGCAGAGGAAAUAGAAGUAGAUAUAGUUAGUCAUAGUAGUAGUAAUAAACUGAUUAAAUUCUUUGAAAGUGACAAAGUAAAUGUGCCAAGUGUCAGUAUAACAGGACAGGAUAAUUGAAAAUUAUGCAAGAAUAAUAAUAGAAAUGUGACAUUUUGUUGUUUUUUUCCUCUCAACAGAACAAUAUUCUGGUGGUUAAAGAUGACAGUAACCAUCCAAUGUCUAUUGUCAGCUCCACCAAAAGCAGGUAGAGUCCAUGAUACAAAGUUUGAUGUAAGUUUGUAACUCACUUCUAUUACAUUAAAUGUACUUUCUGCUCUCAUUUAGGCUGGCUUUGCAGCAUGGGGACGGACACGUGGUGGAUUAUUUGUCGCAGCCGGUCAUUGAUUACGUCUUGAAAAGCCAGCUCUACAUUAACACAUCGGGCUGACGUCCUCUACAGAAAAUGUGCCCGGUGUAGCUCAGUGCUCUCUCUCCUCGUCAUCACAAUGUAUUACUAAUUACUACUCCCCACUAUUUCCUCAUCGGUCAUACCACCUGUACGAACACUCGUUCCUCAUUUAUUACUGCUCAUCCACUUCUACUCUCUGCCCCUUUCAUUCCACUAAAGAUGUAUUGAUGCCGAUGCCCAGGGUAUAUGGGGCACACACCUCAGUGAGUGUUUGAGGGUGUCUUAUUUCUGGUGGGUUUAAACAUCAGAUCAAUUUACUCUUUAAUAGAAGGAAGAUGGAAUAAUGUGUAACUCAUAUAGUGCAUGGCAAAAAAGUGCCACACUGAAUGUGUUUAUAAUUAUUCAGCUGGUGAUUUUUAUUCCCAGGGUUUCAGAUUUAUACAGAAAGUGUUGAUCACCUUUAAUUAAUAUCCAGUAUUUCACAUACUGAUACAACAGGGCCAUAAUUCUUGCUGAAGGCACUUCAAGAACCUAUCAUGAAUUCUGUUUCUAUCACACUAUUUCCUACUGGACUAUGGGUAAUAGUAACCCAGGAAUGUUAUUGUCUAACCACUGCAAGAUUACUGCACGUGACAAGCAUGUUCUUGCUGUGCCCCUAUUUCUAUGGUGUUAUCAAAAUGUAUAUUAACCUCCUGACUGGGAGGGACGAGCAUGCAACUAUUCAGUAACGUGCAGGGAUUUAUAGGAAAGCAAAAAUGAAGAAGAAAAAAAUGAAUUACAUAAAAAUGAAACAUUGAAAAUAGGACAUCCAGCACAAGAACAAAUAUGAAGAUAAGGUGCAGUUCCAUUUAAUGGCAUGUAAGAUAAAAUAAACAAGGCACAGACAGUUGUAUGACAUAGUCCCCGUCGUGGUAGAAUGUCACGUUAAACUUUGUAAAUAGUUCAUUUUCUUUCCGGCAGUUGGAUGGUUCUGUGCAGGGCUGUAUCUUUUUACACCUAAGGGAUUAAUUUAAUGACAAGAAAAAAAAUCUGUCCUAUUUUAUCACACACUAAGGGCUUGCAUCUUAGAGAAUUAGGUUGCAUUAAAUAUUGUUGUCAUAUAUGUAUAGAAUGCAACCUUUUAAUCGGAUCGUAUCAGGCUUCCAAAAAUUCAGUUAAACUCUUACGAAAUACAGUAAUUUUACAUGAAUGCUUUACAAAUUGAAAAGUAUCUAAAAAUAGACAUUAUGUUUAGCUAGGUUUUGAUAUGUCAAAUAUGGUGGGAAUUUUCUCUUCAUAAUGUCAGCACAUGAAUAAAAUGAUAUCAUGUGUACUACAUGCCACUAAGGUAUUUUGCUGUACCAGUUAAUAUAUCCAAAACAUACAGUUGAAUGAUGUUCUCCAGCACCAUCAUUGCAGGUGUUAACCAAUUUCCCCCCAAAUUAGUGGGCAAGCCUUAAUCGCUGACCAAUGUUUUGCCAUAGAGAAUGUGUUUGAUAACAGUUGGUAUACAGAAAUUGAAAAAGGGUAACCACUUGAACUGAAGGUGCUGUAGGAUACAAAUCCCAUUGGGAUUUGGUCCACAUCUCAAGUUCAUCGUUGCCUAGCCAUGUACAUACUAGGUGUCAUAAAGAAUACUGGCUUAUCAUUCCAAAAAAAUUGAAAUAUUCAUCAGUUCCAACAAUCCUAAAACUUGAAAUAUUCAUCGUUCCAACAAUCCUAGAGCCCAGGUAGCCCAAAGAUCUGCUUUAACCUCCAGUACAUGCUGAUUUGAUUGAUCCAUCUCUUUUUAGUUAUAAGUGCUUCAAUUGUAACCUUUUAGGGUUACCACACAACCUUUUAAUCAGUGGUCAUUUCUAAAACAUGCAUCCUUCAGGGCAGAUGAAAUUCUAAUGUAGGCCUGCAGUAAAUAUUUUGUAUCCUGCGUUAAAGGUGAGAAGAAAUAUGAAACAGGUGCUUUUCAUGUAUAUCAACUGUUUCAGCAGCAUAUGAUCAGCAUGGGGGAUAACAAGGGAGACAUAUAGGGUGGGUAAAAUCACAGGAGGGCUAAUUUAAUUUACAAAUAAAAUAAUCUUGCGAUACAAUGUCUGCCAAGGAAGUGGUUAGUUGAGCAGUUCUUUGACUAUUGUAUUGAGUUUUGUUCAUAUUGUUGCUGUUUUAUCAAUAAAGAUUUUGCUUUGCUAGAAAUGUGUGAAAUGUGGUGUCAUCACAAAACAAAGUGCCAUUAUUUGGUUAUAUUUUAUUAAUAAAUAAAUAGAAAUCAAGUAGUACAUGUAUGGUCUCUCCUCUUACACAUUUAGACUCCUUCCGUCCAAUGUACCCAUAGGAAAAUGAAUGUCACAUCAAACAUGCACACAGCCCUUCAUUACAAAUACAAACACUGGACCGCUCUGUAGCAUGAAUGGUACAUUUUCAGUGUCCCCUGGAUGGAAUCACAAUUCUCAUGGUAUGUUUAAUGACCCAGUGAAUAUUUAAUAUCUCUUCUAUACCAUUCAGCAGUCUUUUCCUUGUCUUGGAUGGUCCAAUGAUUCUUAUUAUCUAGUAUCUCUUCUAUACCAGUCUUUUCCUUGUCUUGGGAGCUUUUAGGGUCUUUCGAUAGCUGUGGUGGAGUAGCAUCCAGGAGGCAGGGUGGCAACAAUGUCCCUCAGGUUCUGUAUGUCGAUGAGGGUCUCACUGAUUUCUGUGUCAAGGCUGAGAAUUCUUUGCCUUUGACGGACAGCUGCCAGUUCCAUAUCUUCCAGAGCUGGUUUGAGACGAUCAUAGAGCUGACUGCGAGCUGAUUUCAGACUGCGCUCCAGAGUACGCACGCCUUCCUCAUCACCCGCCUGAGGCGAAUCUGCAAAGAAAGAACAGUCAUGUAUCUAAAAGAGGACUACAUCUUAAUAGGAGUACACAGUUAUAACAAGUUCAGAAAUAAAUAGCAGUAACCGAAGAUAAGCAAUUUUAUUUAUUUGCAGGAUGAAUCACUUUUUUUAUAUUGGGUGAAUUCAUCUGGUACAAAUCAC